AUGAAUUUGAAGCGCCGCGUGAAGGCUUUUUUCUCCCGGCCGCUCUGUUUGGGAAGGCGAACCAAAAAGGCCGGUGUUGAGGUUAGUUAUAAUUUUAACUCAUUAUUUAUUUAUUUUUUUAUUGCUCUCUUUAUUUUAGAAUUAAUCUGGAGAAAUGUUUGAUUAUUCCCUUCCAAUGAUCUCUAAGGGUACAAGGUUUUAUUUGUUAUCUAAACUAAAACGAAAUUCUAGUAAAUGUCAUAUUUUGAUCUGACAGCAAAAUUUUUGAUACUAACCUUAAAUCAAUGAUCAAAUAUUUACCUUUCUGCACCAGAUGGUUAAUCUCUCCAUAAAUUAUUAAAAAAUUGACCAAGCCAUCGCCGAAAUGGCCAUGUUCUGCCGGUUACAAAAUCAGACUAUGUUUAAUAUUCAUUAAAGGUGUUAAAUUCUUAAAUCCGAUGGAAAAGAUUAAAAAAACUUUUCUAAUAGAUAAGCAGUGGGCGACAAGUAGCUUUCUUUUAACAAAAUGAAAAUCGAUGUAGGAUCGUCGGAUGUAAAAGUUGUCUUUCAACGUUUUACAACUGGCAAAUGACUCGCUAAAUUCGAAGACCGAAUAUAGAAGAAACUCCUUCUGUAUAUGGUCGACAAAAAUUUUGGUAAAAGACACAGAAGGACAGUGCACUUGCCUUUUUCGUUUAUACCAUAACAAAUUAAAAAAGAACAAAAAAACUUGUAAGAAAUAAUAUAAACCGCUCUACUUUCUCAAAUCUAUAAAAUUUACAUAAAUUAUGCAAAACGGGCGAUUAGUGGGUUUGAAGUAAUCCGCCAAUUGCAGGAUUUUCGACAACUUCGAUUUCCCCUCAAGAUAUUUCCAAACCCCAGAAUUCGUAACCCGAGCAAUUUUGAAGCCAGCCGCGUAAAAGUUUUCUCUUUGGUCUCUUUCUCUUUCUCUCUUUUAAUAUGUUCAUUUUUGAAGGCACAUGUUAACUGUUUUCUUUCUAGCAAGCGUGAUAAAAUGGCCCCGAGGUGGCUGGGCUUUAAUAGUUAAGAGGCUAAAGAAAUUGUCGCGCGCCAUAAUAUCCGCACAGUUUUACGACCGGUAGAUUCAUCUGUCUCUUGUGAAUAUUCGAUUCGAUUUUUUCUCUUCCGUGCUAAGAAAGCAGCUGUUAGGUACAGCUAAGACGAUUGGCUCUUUGGUUUGUCUCGCAGAAAAGACAAGGCCGAUAAAAAAGACCUCUGACCAAUGAAAUAACAGAGCGUUUAUAGUUAGUGGUACUUUUACAGUACCAUUAAGCAGUUUGCUUUGACCUAGUUUGGUUUAAUUACCAAAACAUAUUUUGGAAACUGUGCACACCAGUUGGUAUCUGGCGGCUGUGAAACUAUCAUGAUAGAUCACUAAAUAGAAUUGAGGUAUGCUUUGCGUGGAUACAAAUAGAUUUACAAGUUGCAGUUUAUUUAAAAAACUGUGUUUUCCAGUCAGUUUAUUAACCUUUUCCUGCUCGCCAAUAAUAGAGAACUUUCGCCUAUGCUUUAAAAUGCUGUUGCAGAAUCGCUAAUUAGUUUGUGAGUUCGAAGACACUCAGGUGAUAUCUUUCGUUUCAGUCACAAUGUGCUCAAUGAACUAUUUUGGCUCUGUUUCAUAUAUAACCAGUAUCUGAUUCAAAUUUAGCUUUUGAUGCGGAGAGCAAAAAACGACUUAUUAUCCUACAAAUUGUCUAAUAUUUUCAAUGUCAGAAGAAUUUUAAGCAAAAUUAAGAUUGCCCAUUCCUAACUUAUAUCAUCACUGACCUGGAAUGAAAAUAAACUUGAUACUUAUUUCGAACAAUUCUAUCCGUCUUACCGAAGAAAAUGUUCUCAAAAUUAGCUAGCGUGCAAUGUUCUUCAAUUUUCUUUUUUUCCUUGGGAAUAUUUCGCCCAUUGACAUCUUUGGUAUCAAGUAGGAUAUCCGAUCUUGAGUAUUAAGUCUCUCAUGUUUUGUUUAUGAAAAACAAAGGGGAAAUUUUCAAGCAAAGGAUUUGCGUAGGAGAGUAACCUGUCAUUCCCAGACCUUUUCCAGACCCCUCGACAACCCAAGUCCCUUCUACGUAACCCGGCCUUCCGCUGAACAGGUGGAGACCGUUUCUUUCAGUAGAGAGCUUUAGAUUCUGAGACGAGUAUACGACUACGACUACGGGAUUUCCUCAAUACUAAGUAGUGCGCGCGCGUGAACCAGCGUCAUUUUGGCGGGAAAACGUGAUAGCCGUCGUCGUUCUGCUACGAGUUUUAGCGAGAAUGUCCUAGAGGGCACAAGUUAUAAACUGUUAUUUUGCGGCUGGGAAAUAGCUUUAACCUCAUUCAAGGAAGAUAACAGUGCUAUUUUUUUGGUGAAAAAGAUGUGCAAUGAGGCUAUCCGGGGUGUCUAUUAUUUGAGAAUAAGUAGCCAAUCCCCCUCCCCUUUUUCCCUUCCUCCCUAUCCCCUACCCCCUACCCCUUUCGACGCCUGCUAGGCAGGCUAGAGAAUAAGCGAAAAAACUUAUUGAGCGAAAUCUCGUACUCGUAGUCGUUCUUGUCCUAGAAUCUUAAGAUCUUUCCCCUCAACAAAGUACAUCAAGGAUCAACGUAUUAGAUAAAAGAGUAGCCUCCGUCGAUUGUUGCACAUUUUGGUAGCAAAAUUCUGGAGUCACAAUUCACCCUUUAUACCGAGACCACAAUGCACCUUGUUUACGCCCCUAAAAUAUUACAUAAACAUUGUCUUCGAUUUCUCUUAGGACGACUGGGUUAUGUAAUUUUUUUUGGGGGGGGGGGGAAGGAGCUGUGGAAUAAACAAGGUGCAUUAUGGUCUCGGUGAAAAGAAGGGGGAGGGAGUUAGAGGGAGUCUGGAACUAGCGUCUGUCUUAUGAAUUAAAAUCAUUCUUGUCCCCAGAGCCUCCUUGGGGCCUGAGCACGAGGACCAGAAGGCUCUGGGGACACAGGAUUUGAAGUCCUAGAUUUUAGUUUUUAGGACUUCCGGUCAUUUCCGAAUCAAAAGUAAAAGUAAAAGCUUUGAAUCACCUAAAUUUACAGUCAUUGACACUUGGGCAAGAGUAAGUGACCACUGUUAGAAACUUUGUAAAAAAUCAGAAAUGACGGGAAGUCCUAAAAUCUAGUACUUCAAAUCCUGUGUCCCCAGAGCCUCCUGGUCCUCGUACUCAGGCCUCCAGGAGGUUCUGGGGACGAGAAUGGAUUAAAGUUAUCUGGAGAUGGUCCUAACGAACAAGGAGAAAUGAAGAUGUCUAGUCAAACAUUGGCAGAACGGAUAACUAAACUUCUGCUCGCAUGGUAAAAAGCAUCACGUUUUCACCUUAAAUCAUACAGCUGAAAUGACAGCAAUUAGCGGUAGCUACGUAUUCAAUUAAAAUAUCUCAGCUAGUUAGGUAUACAAGAUACAAGAGCUAAAAUUAACUGCAUGUUCUAUUUUGGUAACGAAAACGAUGGAGAUUUCGUGCAAACUGACUUUUGAUGUUUUAUCUUCUAAUGUAAUGCUGUCAAAUAUACAGCUGUUUCGAGAAAGGUUGUGGGAAGAAAUGCGCACGCGACAACCCCGAAAGGUAAUAUGGGAUAUGAUCAAUACACUGUUCGUAAAGACUGAAGCUGUCGAACCUACUUUUGUUGCUUUCCUUUAGCACUCGCAAACAUAUGUCCGUGGCCUCCCGUACCAUUCUUUCAAAUUUCUUUGAAGAACAGUGCCCUCAAAGCCACCCACAAUACCUUUCUGGAUCGUUGCGUGCACUUUUUCCGACUUCCUUUCUCGAAAUAGCUGUAUAUGCUGGUGCUAAGUGGUAUGCGCCAGUCUAGAUGGCUGGAUGUUUGCCGUUCGUCAAGGUCCAUAUAAAAGCGCAAUAAAAAUAAUCAAGAACGAGGCCCACAAUAUUCAAUAUUCAGUCAGGUUUACCGAACAAGUUUGGUAAAUGACGGUUAAUCCAUAGACGUUCCAUAGGAGUAUAUUGAUCUCCAUAGAAGUUACAAAUUAAAUUAGAUUCAAACUUCCUCUGCUCGCAUAUAUAGCUUGGCUAAUCGAGGCAGGCAGGGGUAAACAUAAAGUAAUUUAUUAGGAAGAAAUUAAGACAAGGAAAGAAAAAGGAAAGUAGAUCUAUGUAAAUGACACAAGAAUGGACUGAGGUUAUUACAAUACAACAUUACAAUUUGCAAAAUUAUUUCACAUUUCAUAUCUUUUGUUGAUUGCGGCGAAAAAAGAAGUAAAAUUCACUCGCGAGUUCAUCUGUUUCAGAACGUAGUAUUCGCUUCAUCUUGCCUGCUCAAGAACGAGCCAUGUAAUAGGGCAAAAUAUUAAAUCGACAUGUGACCAUGAUAGACAAAAUUUCAUUGGUGGAUUAUUGCUGCAGGCCUUACAUUACGAGCAACCCAAUUUUUGACUGACCCUGUGGGGCCUGGACGCGUAAAAUAAAAAUGAAUAUUUUAAUAAACUCGCGGAUACGUGAAGCGAAGUACUGAGUUUUUGUACGCACUCCGAUAUGAGAAUAACUCACUCAUUAACUUACUCACUUACUCAGAUGUUAACACUGUUCGUUGUCCCGAACUCGAUCAAGAGAUGAUAAAGGGGCUGGAUAUAAUAGUACCAUAGUAUAAAACUCCGAAAAUUGUCGUUGUUGCCAAAGUUUAUACACCCUGGGCGGGCACCGUUCCGAUUCAUUUACUAGAUUAGCGGUUCGCCAAAACUGGUAAUUAUCGUGAAGAACUCAAAAGAUUUUAAAGGCUGAUUGUUUAAAAUUAUAAAAAUCUUGGUAUGUCUGCAGUAGAUUCCUGAGUGAUGACGUACACUUCCCAGUAUCUCGUCGAAGCACUGUGCUUUCAAUUUGUAGCCUCUAGUUUAUGAGAUCCGUUAAUGAGCUUUAUGCAAGAAAAUCUACUAAUUCGAAUGUAAAUGAGAUAAAAAUUAAUGUCCAUUCUAUUGUUGAUACACAGGAGUUAGCCGAAACCUUUAAUUACCACUUCACUAGUAGCCUCCCACGAAGACGUUCUUAGCGGUUCGUCACGCGUUCCUGAGUGUCGAGCCAAAGUUAGUCAGCGUCCCGGGGGGGGCACUGCCACAUAUGGGCUGUAUAGGUAUGUGCCGCUGUGAAGGGUAUGGUUUUCAGGCAGGUUACUCUAGGAUAGGGUAUAUAUAUCAGAGAGUUUGGGUCUAGAAUAGGGUAUCAUUUUUCCGGAAACUGAUCAGUUGGUUGAAGAUUUUAUCUAGACUAGGGAAAAAGCUACUCUAGGAUGGGGGAUUUGGGGAGUUUACUCUAGUAUAGGGUAACAAAAUUCAGCUGAACUAGCUCUCGUAUAGGUUAAGGGUUCCAGGGUCCCAGCGGCACAUCCCCACCCAGAAAUUCCUAAAGUACCCCCCCGGGGUCAGCGUCAUACCCAAUAUUGAUAGUUCAGUCUCAUUUUAAUAGCUGACAAUAUCACAAUCUUAUACUCUAGAUGACGGAAAUUGAUUCGUGCUCAAACAAACGGAUGUAGCUACUGUUUAUUCAAUAUUAUCUAAAUUAAGUAAAUCUUAAGGUACUGACCUAGGUAAGGUCUCGGUGAGACUGCUUCGUGAAUGUGCUGACCUGCUGAUUGCACCCUCACACUGUUUCAUCUUUAAUCGCUGUAUUGUCUCUAGUGUUUUUCCUGAUGAUUGGAAGUGUUCUAGAGUUAGUCCUUUAUUCAAACAAGGCGAACUUGAUGACUUAAAUAACUAUCGUCCAAUCUCAAUUAGUCCUGUAUUGGUGAAAGGGAUGGAAAUUAAAGAAUAGUUUACGAUCAAAUCUUCCUACACUUAACUGUUAAUAUUUUAUCGACCAGGGUGGGGUUAACGCCGUAGUUUUCCUACCUCAAAAAAGGAUUUGACACGGUGAAACAUGACAUCCUUCUAUGAAAAUUAUAUUAAUAUGGCAUUCAAGACGUUUCCAAUGAUUGCUUUAGGUCCUAUCUGAGUGAUCGUGAUCAAAAAUGUUUCGUGAAUGGUCAUUUGUCACAACUUGUUGCUGUCCCGAGGCAUUCCUCAGGAAACAAUCCUGGGACCUCUACUGUCUCUUAUUUCUAUUAACGACCUCCCAAAUUGUCUUUCCCAUUGUCCGCCUCGUAUGUAUGCAGAUGACACUCAUCUAACCUUCGCUUCUAAUCAUAUCCAUUGUAUUGGCCUUUAUCUAAAUCACGAUUUGAUUAAUAUCAGUGACUGGUUCAUUGGUAACAAGCUGGCUCUGAAUACAUCCAAGAUAGAGUUGUUGAUAGGCUCCAGGCAAAGAUUUAAGACUCUCGAGACUGCCCCAUCUCUAUCGAUUAAUAUAUGGUGCUUCUAUUAAACAGGUCUCGUAUACGAUUUCACUUGGAGUACUAAUUGAUGAAAUUCUGUCAUGGAAUGAACAUAUCGAGAAAUAAUCAACUAAAAUUGCCUCUGGUUUUGGGGCCCUGAAACGCAUUCGAUCUUUUGCUCCUUCCAGUACCCUGCAGUUCAUCUAUUAUUCACUGAUUCAACUUCAUUUUGAUUACUGCAGUGUGGUUUGGGUUAAUUACGGUAACACCCUUUGUGCUAAAUUGCAAAAACUACAAAAGCGGGCGGCACGGGGUUUUAAAUUUUUGCACUCAUGACGCUAGUGCUGACUAUCUUUUUGAACUUCUUGGCUGGAAAGAACUGGAUUGCCAACGAUAGGUUCAAAAAGCUGUUAUGGUCUAUAAAUCACUCAACGGUCUUGCCUCAGGUUAUCUCUGUUCUAAAUUUGUAGACCGUAGCAGCGUCAGUCAACCUAUUCAUUAGGAAACUCCGAGGGCAACUUUCCGUUUCCUUUCUCGUACUGAGCUUCCGCUAUGUUGAGGCAGUGCUCUGGAAUAGUCUUCCAACAGAGUUGCGGCAAGCUCAAACCCUUCAGAGUUUUCGGCUGUAGAGGUUACUUUAACUAACCCCUUACCUUCAACGCAAAAAAAAUCAGGUUAUUUUAUUUCACUUUGUCGUAAGAAUGUGUGUUCUCUUGUAUAAAUAUAGAUAGAUAAAUAUUGUAACUUUUUUCUUGCUUUUUCAUCUAUGCAAUCCCGAUGAGUUUUAACCGUGUUGAAAUAAAGAUUACUAGUUCCUUUUUCACUCAAAGAAUAAAGUAACCAUCAAUUAAUCUAUUUUCAGUAGAAACAAUUUCCGUAGGCGUGAAAUCGCCAUUAAAAAUGGCUACGGUACGUAACAGGAAAUAAUGAGUUAGAAAAUAAACUUAAUGAGCACGCAAGACUAUAAUUUGAAUUUGUUUCAACAAAAACAUUUUUAGGGAUAUACUGGGCUUCUGACUACGAGAAGUAGUCUCUCUUCCUUGCGCGUGAACGCUAGUGUAUUGUAGUUCACUCACCGUCUCAUGUAGCCCCAUCCCUGAAAAUUUGAAGGGACUACCCGUCUCUGUUUAAUAUUCUAUGAACGGUGGAACUCCUGUCGUCUGGAUUUUUAAGGUAAAAUCUUUCAGUUUACUUCUAUUGUUCAGAGUUUUAUUGAAUAAGACAGAAAAACUAAGCUGUCUGUUGUUGAUUAGAACUAAACACGCUAAUAUAAUUUAUAGGCUUUAUAGAAUGAGUCCACUAACAGCCCUGCUCAAGUUCAUACAAAACAACACAUAUUGAAAACAAACAUUUUAUUAUUAUUAUUGAUUUGUCUUGACAAAAAUUUUUAUAAACUUGCCAUAAACAGUGAGUCUAGACGAGGAAAUAGGUUACUGAUGAGCGAGGAGUAUAGUAGUCUAGAAUUUGUGACUUUAGUCAAUUUAGUGAGAUAAAAGGCUCGACCUGCUAUCAGUAAGGAUGCUCAGUGAACCUAUAACUUCUUGUUUCAGUGAGAGUCACGUACUUUAACCUGCGCAGGAAAAAAGAAAGAUUCAGGGAAAUUAUUGAAGGGGAAAAUAACUAUAUAUGAGUUGUGACGAAGAAACGAAGACAAAAAAGCACUGUCCUUUACAAGGCGGAUACUUUUCUAGGGCCAAAACUGUAUUGUUUUAAAGGCAAUUUGGGGUUAAAAGAAGGUAAAUACCACAAUCUUGAAACAAACCUUAUCUCACCUUGUAAAUGACAAGUUAGUAAUAGUCAUAGCCUCAUUCAGUGUUUAAUGGUCAAAAUGUAUUUUCGAGGACGGAACAACGAAGCAGGAAUCACGUACAAUACGAGAGGUUGCGAAAAUAUCGCUGCGAGAUUGGCUCACAUAUCUCAAACAUUUUCAAAACCUUGAACUCUUCAUUGACAAGAGUUACCUAGUUACAACGGGCUUACAUCUUGAUUCUGUACUUCUGAUAUCGACGUCUUACUUCAUCUUUAAGGGCAGUCGGUGUUUUUUUAACGUUCUUCUGUCUCGUGACUUUUUAUGUGCCGUGGCUUGGCAACAAUCAAAACUAGUUUUGGAAAGGGUCCAAUUUCUUAUUUAUUCCCAAGAUAUACCUCAUUGCACUGGACAGUUUUACACUCGAUAAAAAGGGAUCAUUUAGAAUUUAAUGAGGAGAGAGCUGGGUAAAUUCGAUCAAGCGCGGAUUUAAGCAGCUUAACUGCUUUGUUUGUCUAAUCUUGUGUUUGCUACACGAAUGAGUUUCCUCAUCUUUUGACAAACGCCAAGCAAUUUACGUCAUAGACGAGUUGUGACGUAAGCGAAAACCCACAACAGGAAAACUGAAGUGAUACCAUUGAAAACUCGUCACUUUCAACAUCCGAUAGUGAUAGAAGCAAGCGUUCAACUGCAUAUCGCAUCCCAAAUUAGUACUGUGUUGAACUGGAACAAUCAUCAAGAAAGAUAGUUCAAACUGCUAAUGAUCCUUUCACCCAAAGGUAAGCCUCAGCUAUCGUCAUCGAUAUUCAGGACUAGAUUCAGUCUUAGGCAAUGUCUAGCUCUGUGAUUUUCCGGGUCCUGUCGACUAUGCAUGAAAUUCUACAAGAAACGUGAAGCCUGCGAAGUAAGUACUCAUGAUCCCAAUCGGGCUGACAAAUUGGAACAUCGUUUUAGAAAGAAAGAACGGAGAAACAAGCUUUAGCUUGCAAUUUGAAUAAUAAGUUAAGAAAAUGGUGAGACUCGACAUCAUUCAGCUGUCGGUAUUGAUUUCAUGAAUUUUAAUAACUUCCAGCGUUUUCUUCUUUCAUUAGUUAGUUAUGUAACCGAAACAACGAAAUACUGAUUCAUUAUUGAUCCUCCUUAUAUCGGCUGUUAAGAUUAAAGUCAAGUGGUAAAGUUUUAACAGUCGGCGAUUUUUUAUUCUCAAGUUCCAGACCAGGGCAUGGCUGUAAAUAUGUUUAUUAAAUUUUCCGAGGCAUUCCAGCUAAUCUUCAGUGUCGAAGUCGAUUCAUGUUAAACUGCAUUUGGAAAGUUUUUUUUUUCUGCUGGGACGUCAGUUGAGAUAAUUCAGUCUUGAUUUAAGACUUGUUGACUGAAGAAACAUGGUGACAUUUGACUCGGAAUUCGUUCAACUGAUCUUUGUAUUAUGUAGUCUAUGCUUGCCGCAUAUGUUUAAUUGUCACCCGGUGAAAACACUUGAGAACUUGCAUGGGAUCUUUGGCUCUUGCACGCACAGUAUAGACUAUCUUUUGAUAGGGUGGUUAGUACGUUUGCGUGUUCGAUUGCCAAGGUCAUUGCGCGAACGUUAAUAAUCCCAGAUCGAACGGUCGUAACAUUAGAGAGAUUAAGGUUUAGUUUACGCCAAAAGGCAAACGUGAAUUUGUACCACGUGACGAAGUUUUUGCCUUAAUUGUUAAUUGUUUAUUACUUCAACUAAAAAACAAGUCGUUUCAUGCCAGUUUUAUACAUAAGAAUUGUUCUGGACAGUUUUUAUCGUCUUAUUUUCUAUUCUGAGAAAUUCUCAACUUGAAUCUGACGUCGGCCGUUUGCCGUAAACGUGACUCUUAAUCUCAGUAUUGAGGAGCUUGAGCAACUGAGGACGACCGCAGAGAAAGCGUCACUUAAAAUAAUGUAAAGUGAGUUUUCAAAAGUGAAUUGUGCUGUCUCAAACUUCGUUAUAUUGUUUCACCGAGUGCGAUUUGUCAAAUGUUGGUGAAAAUUUUUCUGCAAUCGAUUUAUAAAGGGCUGUAUUUAAGUUCAGAAAAAGAAAAAGAAACUCGUUCUUUCUGUUUCUCUGGUGUCCAUAGACCGCGGGCGGCUCAGCGAAAAGUGAAUCGCGGCGUUGUCAAUCGAACGUUCGGUAAUCGAAAGCAUCAGGGGAAAAAUUAAAGGCACCGGGUCGAAUAGGAAAAAUAUCGGCGAGCGAAGCGAGUCGAGCGGUGGCCUUAGGGAGGGGGAAAGUGUGGCGGAGCAAGGAGACAAGUCGUUGAUACCUCCGUUAUAUGAUGCACCUGUAUCAUACUCCGAUUGGUCAAAUAUCUUAUUGUUGACAGAUUCGCGGUGCUGUUGACAGUAUCGCGCUCUUUCACUUUUCAAUAUCACCCUCCUUCAGUUCGGGAAAAGAAUUUAUAAAACACGGAUUUCGAGCAAGCAAUACAAAUUUGUUUGCGAGAGUUUUCAUUUAUCCCUCGAAUCCAAGAAGAGCAAAAAAUAUGCCUGUGAUCUGUUGCAAAAAGAAAAAGAAGCAUUCAAAAUAUCGAGCUUAUCGACUUAUAAGCUGACGUUCAAAACGCACAGCAUUAUAAUCACGCUCCUACCAAAUGCGUGAUAAAACCCAAAUAUCAGUGAAUAUAUGCAAAGAAUGCAUGUUGCGUACAGUUGAGCCUUGUGCUCCGAAAACACAUAAACCACAACUGCACGCAUGGCUCUUAGCGUUCACGAGCUAAAUGUGACUGUACGUGUAGUUUGUCAGUCGGGUAGUUAACAAACUAAAUUACGCAACUGACAAGCGACGCGAACGCGGACUUCGUAAACGCAAGAGUCAUGCAUGCAAGAGAGAAACGUCUGCUCGCAGGCUAGUAAAAACGAUGGCAAUACGAAAGCAUCCCUCACAGAGCAGGCGUUAUACUAGUAAUAAAUGAUGUAUGGCAUCAUGGUAUUCCGGAUAACCUCCGUUUUCGUCUGUCCACACGUAAACGAGUAACCAUCAUUUUCACUCUGGAGAGCGUUUUUGAAAAGACGCGUUUCCGGUGACCUUUUCACCGGAUACGUGUGGACGAUAGGCCAAAGCAGGGGAAAAAUUUCUGUUUUCAAACAAAAAGGAAAGCUUGUUGAAGGUUCCUAAAAUUUAAGCACUUGCAAGGUUUUGACGAAUUGCCGAUCAGUGGAAUUUGCGUUUUUCACGAUCAAUAUAUGGUUGCGCAAGAAGAGUUUUUACGCUACGUUUACUAGCCCUUACGGAUAAUAAUAGUUUUCUUUAAAAAUAAAACUUUAAUCCUCUCUAAAAAUAACUCUCAAGCCAAAAUUAGAAAGUGCGAAUAUUUCUGAUGGAAAAAAAAUAUAUGCCUUCCGGAACACAAGCAAUUUUGAAAGCGCAUUGGGCAUUUACGUUGUGUGUGGCGCUUUCAAGUUGUGUCACGGUGCAUGCACUACAAUACGUCAAGACUGAACGAUAUCCUAUUUUUUUGGCGAUUUAAGCCCCAAACGUUCUUCAAGGAGUUAUAAUUAGUUCUGCCGAACAUGAUGAGUUCCACUAAUAGGGCAAAAAUUUUAAUCUAAGGCCUCUUUAUUCUCUUUCUUCUCAAACUAGUUUCUCUAAAAGAAAAAUACACUAUUAACUAUCUCAAAGGAAAGAAAAAGCAGAAUCAGUUCUGGAAAUGUAUCGAAAGCACAAGCGUUGAACUUGAAAAAAACGCCCCAAUUUUCUUAUAUGGUUCGAUUUAAUUCCAUCCGCCAGGUUAUGCGAAUUAAGCCAAAGACAAGCACGUAAUGUUUUGGUCAGAGUAGAAGGGCAGUUUUAAACAAAGUUUAAAUUUAUACCGUAAAAUUCCGAAAAUAAGCCCGUUCAUGUAUAAGCCCCUCCAAAUAUAAGCCCCCCAAACCGAUAACGCAAAAAAACCUCCGUUAAAUCGCCCCUCCAAAUAUAAGUCCCCCGGAGGCUUGUACUUGGAAAAUGCCCUCAAAUAUGAAGUAAAACAAAGCAAAAAUGGUAGAUUUAUUCCCAGCUAUAAGGCUAGCCCAAUCGAUUUUGAAACGCAAAUUUCCCUCCGUCGAUAAGCCCCUCCGAAUAUAAGCCCCUCUAAAAAUAAGCUCCUCGGAAAGGGCCUUUGAAAAAUAUAAGCCUCGGGGCUUAUUUUCGGAAUUUUACGGUAUGUUUGAGUAUUCUUUGAUUCCAAUGAGGUUUCGGGGUUAAAAGCAAUACCAAAAAAUCGCGAUGUAGCUGAUCUUUAACUGAGAUGUUUUAAACUGCAAUAUGAUUGAUACGUGACCGGGAAGUAUGCCAAAGACAAAUAGAAUCAACGUUCUUGAUACUAGUGUUGAGAGAUAAUUUAGCUUCAGCUGUAACGUCGGAUCAAUUUAACGUCUUCUAAUUUCUCUCUCUCUUUCUCUCUCUUUUUUUUUUAUCAAUUUUCCAACGCCCCCCACAAAAGUCAUGACCCCCUCAAAACCAUCAUAGCCCCCUUUGGCAAAUUUUGAACCGUUUCUUAGCAAAAUGUUUUUAGUUGAAAGUGUCACCUCUGCAGUUGUAGUUUUAAAAGUAUGCUUUUUCCGAUAUAGAUAUCGAGUGCAGUUUACACGAAAAUUUCCUCUUAUAUAUUUUUGUGAAACUUCGCACAACAGAAGACAAGCACACACAUACAUAGGUAGGGUAAAGAAUUUUUAAAGAAAAUGCUGCUAAUUUAGAGCUAAAACUAUUGUGACGUCAUUGUCAGGUGAUGUUUAUUCCGAUAGCCCAAAAAAAUAAUAUCACUAGUGAUAGUUGACACUACAGCUGCCCCCGCUCUGUAUAUUGUCGGUCAAUAGUAUUUUUGCUCGUUGUGUAGCUCUUUGAAAUAUGCCAAUCCGUAAUGAAAAUUUUCACACAUAUUCCAUACAAUAGGUGAGAUAAAUACGGGAAACGUUAAGGUUCCAUGCACAACUCAUGCACAGUUUCAGUUCGCCAAGUUGUUUACACAGCUUUGAUCACAGGUAGCCCGAGCUCGAAAUACGAAAAUGAAGGGAUUUCAAUAAAAACAGCUUUAAAGAGGGAGAAAACUGUUUACAGUACAAACCAUAAAACGGCCAUAAAUCGGCUCAUGGACCACCCAGGAGAGACGUGACACACAUUUUAUGUAAGUUAAGCUGUUUGUUAUUGAAAUCCUUUCAUUUUCGUAGGUUAAGAAAACUAUAGGUUUUUUUUCCAUACAAAUCCUUAUAUUUCGAAUGUUACGCAACAAUGCUGAUGUUCGCCAAUGUUCAUAUUUCCAGCUUGAGCUACCUGUGCUUUGAUCAAAACUUUCUCAGUUUCGAGAAUAGUUUAUACUAAACCAUAAGAAAAGAUUUAAUUAGAAGUCGAAUUUUUCGCUAUUUCCCCUUCACUUUUAACAUUCAGUUCAUUGCCGGAAAGUUAGCCUUAGAAAUUAAAGGGACGUUUGAUCAAUUCACGCGUUCGCGCAUUCUAGUCUUAUUUUAAACUUUAUAGCGGAAGGACAUCUCUGUGAGCAGGGAGUCAGCACAGAAUCUGAUUGUCGGCGAAUUUCUGUAAUCGUCCAUUGUUCUGCUAGUGAUAAGCUAGCCGUUGAUCCACUCGUCUUGCUUGUUUGGGGCUGAGUCUUAUUCCGGUUAAAGAGAGAGAAAGAGAGUCUGAUUUGUGAACUUGUGUCUGGCAAACUCUCUAAGUGUUUAUAUAUAUACACAGUUUAUUUAUAUACAUAGUUAUACGCACCUUAUAACUUCAUCUGCGCUUAACGAGUGUUUUUUGGUCCAUAACUUUCAAACAACUGCUCCACUGGAUGUCACUGAUAACACGUAACACAAAGUAUGACUGCACAAUAAAUGUUACAAAAUCUACAUAAGCGGUUCCUUCGGGAUUUUCUGUCUUUACGACAUCCUAACCAUUUCGUACUUGCGGGCGUAAGCAAUAGAAACGUCAUCAUUACCUACCAAUUCCUCGCGGCCCCUGUUCAAGCAAAUCGAGAUUUUUUUCUGGCAUACUCACUGUAUAUUUCAACUGUAAGUACUUUCCUUAAUAUACGCGCGAGUUACUAGUCUAAGAGUGCCUCCUCUGGAUUUCGGGGGCAAUAAUUAACUUUAGUCUAUGUGUAAUACUUGCGUUAUAAUGGUUUUACAACAAAGGUAAAUUUGGUUAAGUCUAAGGGAUUCGGUCAGAGGGGAAGAGUAGUUUAAAACAAAGUUUAAAAUCUAUAUGUUUGAGUAUUCUUUUUUGCUGACUGCAUCUAAAGUACUAAAAAAAAUCAUUUGCUGGAAAUGUGUAGGGCGUUUGGGUCUAGAAUAGGGUAUCAUUUUUCAGGAAACUGAUCAGUUGGUUGAAGAUUUUAUCUAGACUGGGGAAACAGCUACUCUAGGAUAGGGGGAUUUUGGGAGUUUACUCUAGUAUAGGGAAGCAAAAUUCAGCUGAACUAGCUCUGGUAUAGGUCAAGGGUUCGAGGGUCCCAGCGGCACAUUCCCACCCAGAAUUUCCUAAAGUGCCCCCCACGGGAAGGGAGCUUCCAACAUAAACUACAGCACCUUUGCUUUCAACUUUGAUGUUUGCCGACUUUCAUAACCAGUCUCCUCCACUAACUUUGAUUCCACAUAUCAACACCCUUUUAAGAGGGGUCCUUCUACAGAUGAUAUAACAAAAUGAUUUUGAGUAGACUAUACUGGUCUUGCCGUUAAGCCUGGUUUUCAUAUGUCGGGAAAAUCCCAGACAAUCGGGGAUUUUACUGCUUCCCGGCUGUCCCAAAUUUUGCCGACUAAUGAAAACUCGAAAUCGAUCGUAGAUAUGCCCGAUAAUCCGGGAUGGACGGGGACAAAUCUGGAGAAUCGGGAGUGUUCCUAUUUUCCCGCGACGCAUCCCAGAUUUCUGCGAUGGUCGGCGAUCAUUCCCGACAAAUCAAAACUCAAAUUUGUACCGUCGGAGACGUUGGCGAUGGAUUUCGCUCAUUACCAAUCUCCUAUAAAUUGCUGGGCUCCAGUCCCCCUAUCACGCAAGUUUCAAUUUUUGGCGCACUUUCCAUUUCCGGCCAAAUUCAUCGGGAGAAUCUGAGUCUGACUUGUGGCGAUUAUCCGAUAUAUCUGGGACGGUCAGCGAAAAGUAAAAUCCCCGAUCGUCUUGGAUUUUCCCGACAUAUGAAAACCAGGCUUUAUCUCGAGGCCGUCUCUUAUCCUCAAUAACAAGAAAUUAAAUACUGUUAUAUGCGUUCUAAUUCUAGUAGGCUCAAUUAAGUUCUUAGACUUGACAUUUCAUAGAGCAAGUUGAUGUCGCUCUUUAUUUUUCAACAAAUUGUAAAAUCAUCCGAUCUGGGAGCAGGUGUUGCGUGUUUUCUAUAAUAAAGUAACGUGUUCUUUGAAAGUUUUGAAAAUUAGCAUGAAUUUUCCUCUGAAGUCUUCCCAGGUGUGACUGAUGUUUCCAUUCAAUAUAGUAAUAUGCGUGUAUAAUUUUAAUUCUUAGACAAAAUAUUUCCUAUAUCAAAAUCAACUGUGACUUUUUUUCUUUCAACUUAUUGUAAAACCUCUUCCGAAUUAGUAAAUUUUUCAUAAGAUAAUGUCAGUUUGCUACGAAAAUAUUAAUUACUAGCAAUGUUUUCAUCUAAAUCACUUAAGAUUUGAUUGACGUGUCCACUUUAUAUAUUGGAUCAGCCGUAGUUAAGUGCACGAUAUGCUUAAUGCUUAUGCUUUACGUCCGGGGGGAGAGGGUAUCAUUACCAAACAAACCGGGAGGCUCCGCCCUGAGGCCCAACCCUUACUCUCUUCUAUACCUCAUUUUUGACCGGCAGAAAAUUUACCGCUUUCUUACACAGUUCUAUUGACAAAUGCCACCUCUUUCUCAUACCUUCGAAGUAUUGGACUUACUUUGCAUCUACUUAAACGGCUUUAGCAAGUUUUCUUGACUUUUUUCACAGCUACAAAAUCCAUCUUUCAGCCCUUACGGGCCUUUUUCCAGACCGAAAAAUAUCUCUACCCUUUCAUAUACUUCAACUAUUGAAUUCCCUACCCUUUUAUAUACCUGAAGCCUAAAAAGUGCCCCUUUUGGGCGGAGCUUCCCCGUGUAGACGAUUGUAGGAAGUACCCCCGGGGGAACUUAACCGGCUUGUUUCUUAUGUCCUGGCUUUAAAAAUGCGUUUUUUGUGCUCCUGGUGAAACUAGAAGGUAUAUUUCAUAUAUUGUUCAGUAUUUUGUGUUUGCGGACUAAAAUUCUACAGCUUUUAUAAUAGAGGAAAUCGACCUACGUGACGUUGCUACAGUGCCGCUGUUAUUUCAUAUUACCACGCUUAAAACUGCCUCAUCUUAGAACUAUAUAUAUUUAUUUUUACCGUUUUUUUCUAGUAUCUUUUGGAUUAUAAUAUGUGUGUACAUUAGCCAGUUGUAAAUUUGUAAGUGUGCAGUACGAUAUCCUGUAAAAUGUAUUUUUAUUGACAUUCUUUUAGCAUCCUGUACAGUUGUAAGACUACGAGGAUUAAAAUAUAAUUAAGUAACUGUAACAGAAGGCUUAACUGAGGAUACGGACUUAAAAAGUGAUGCGCAGGAAGGAACACCCGCGCAUCUGAAAACGGCUGGUAUUUGAACAGGCUAACAGGCUACUUCCUGCAUUCUUUUCCUUUCGCUAUUACGUUUAAAAAUGUCGACUGCUUCUCUUCAAAAUGAACACGUCUCUCCCUCAAGUCACCAAUUUUUAUUUAGUAUAUAAGUGCUAAUUUUAACAACGAACACGGUGAGAUAGAAUCGUUUUCGAAAGAAUUGACUACAAAUGUUUUUAAUCAGAAGCAGGGUUAUAUGCUUCUGUUUUAAUUUAAUUGCCUGAAGUUCACAUGCCGCGUGUAAGGUAGGCUAUGAGUAUUUUUGCCAAAAAAAAACUCUCCGUUCCUAUCUGUCGAUGGAUAUUUUCAAUGUAUCCAAAUUUGGUUCUUUGGUUAAUUUCCAGUGUCAGUAUCCUCGACGUCAGAGCUUGAAUCGUCACCGAUUAGUUUUGCUGCUGUUGAUCGGACUCCACUGCAGCUUUCUUUGUUAUCCAAGGUGUCAGUUAAUAACUUGACAGGGAAGAAAGAGAAAAUGGCGAGAGGAGUUGGGGGGCGAUUAUUCGAAGGAGGCGAUUAAUCGAGGGACGGCUAUUAUUCGAGGAAAUACGGUAAAUCCGCAAAAUCGGGGAAUUUGUACAGACGUACAAACGUACAGACGUACAAACGGGGCCCCCACCAUAGAAAAGUCUAAAAUUUCGAGACCGGACCGCCGUGUAGAGCAAUAUCUUCGCUCGCUUCGGACUUAUCUCCUUUACACUUAGUGAGUUUCUAAUUUAAAGGCGCUCUUUCCAGUAGUGUGGAUGGAUAAUCGCUCACUGGUUUCUAUCGAAACUUGAAGAAAGAAAAACAGUGGCGGAAGAGACUACAUGUUCGUUCGCGGCUUCAGCUUGCUCUUCCCAGACCCCACGCACAUUACCGUUUUGAGGCAUCAUAACUUUACGUCACGUUAAUACUCAUGCAUUUUUUUCACUAUAAAUCGAUGGUAGUCAACAUCCGGGUAUCGAUAUAAAAUAGAACGCUUUUUCAAGCGGAAAUGUAAAAUGUACUGUGGAUAAACCAAAACGGAUAAGCGUCGAGCGGAUGAAGCCUAACUUUCUACCUUGGACUAUAAAGUGUUCGCUGCGCAUGCUUGUUUUUGGAAGCAACAAAUUUAGGUAAUGUCGAAAACUCAAAUAACCAGACCUGUAUGCAAAACUGCAAAGAUGGCAAUAAGGUGAAGUGAACACCGCGAAUUAUUCGAAACAAUCACUCCUCGUAUCAUAACAACAGACUCUAUAAUAUAUAAAGCCUUUGAAAGAGUCUUUUUUGAUCAGUGUAUUGACUAAAAGUUUGGUGGCCAUUUGUCAGUGUUGCAUCUUUGCAUUCGGUUUUGUCAGAAACAAGGAAACAAACAAGAAACUGUACGGCAGUAGCCCGUGCUAUAACGCUUUGAAUAAGCACAGGUGUAGAUCUUCAAAACGUUCAUAAAGGUGGGAUUAUUACAUGCGCUUUCUUCGCGUAUGAUUGCCGUAUUUGACCGCCGUGUGAGGGGCUUAUAUUGUUUCUGAUCGCUAAAACAAUUCUUGCUUCGCAGUAGUUUCCAUGUGUAUGUGCGCGGGGUACCGCAGAAAAUAAUCACCCUCCCAUAAAGACGUUGGGGUGGUAUCGAAACAGCAUGAAGAAAUAAUUUUUGCAUGAGAUUCUAUUCUAAUUUAACUAGCAGUUGACACUCUCGGCUCGUGUGGGCAUCAUGAACAAAUAUUGUACGACCGCUUUUUCUUUUCUCAGUUGCUAUGUAACUACCAUAUAACGGACAAAAAAAAAACUGUUGGCAUAAAAAACAUGCUGAAUGUCUCAUACGGAAACCAAAAGGAGAGACCGAAACUGCGUAGCUAGUGAGAACGGAGUAUAACGAGGAUUUAAAAAGAAGUUUAAUAUAUCAAAAUAUUGAUUCCUCUGAAAGGGAACGUUGUAUGUGAAAAUUAACUGAGGAGCUUUCAGCGGUUUUCAAUUUUGAUCUGCCUUGCCGCCGGCAACCUAACUCAAAUUUUGAGUCGUACAAUGAAGAACUUUGUUGGCUUAUAAAAGAGUACGGAUGCCCCCAGCAGCAGCGUCAAAAAAAGAUGGAAAAAGCAUAUAGUUUUAGCGGUUCUUUUAAUGAAAGCAUAUUUUACUGAAUUGUUUAUAAGGAAGUCUUUUAGCCAUUGCAAAUACAAUACAAAGUCUUUGUAAAAUCUAUUGUCUGUAAAGAAAUUGCAGUCUAGGUUUGCUGCGCUCUCAUAUACGGAAUUAUAAUUGCUCGAGUAAACUGAGCGAGAAAUAAAGAUGUUCUUUUUUCGUGGUUUUUAAAAAAGCACAUAAUCUUCGGACAGUGAAAUCUGCCAACUACAUUCCUGCUACUGAAAAAAGCGAGAUCAGACCAAAGGAAGUCGAUAGUUUUAGACGGCUGUAUUGAAGAGAAAGCUAAAAUACUACGAAUUGGUUUUAUGUUCAGAUUAAGAUAUAUAUGAUCAUAAUCCUUUGGAUUAGGAAAUCAAUUAAGUAGCCAUUCGAUUUGCUCAUUCGAGAUCUACUACAGUCGCCCCCAAACAUUAACAAAUUCUAUAUGCCUCAGGCUGCCUGAAAACACUAAUAUGACCAAAAAAAAAUUAUCGCGAUCGGCCGUGUGCGAAACCAAUAAUAUUUCAUAUCGUCCUUAUUUUAAUGUUUUCUGGUAUGUUGAUAGCCAGGUUGAACGCGAAAAAAAAUCAAAGAAUAAACGAUUGUCUUCUAGAAAAGAUUUGUAUCACUAGUAAGAAAAAAAAGAGCAAUUAUUUCAACGUUAUUUUAUCGUGAACUGAAAAAACCUAAGCCAGUGAAUUAACCUGAAAGCUCUGAAUAUGCAAAUUGCUUGUCAAACGAGAAAGCUUCGACGCUAAUGAGAGUCGAAAUCAGCUGCUCAAUAGAGCUCCAGCUCUUUCAAUCGCUGCCUUGAAAUUAUCGCCGAUAUAUUGUUUGGACGAACUCCAGAUCUGCAAGCUGGGAUAGUUCAGAGUAAUACGGCUUUCUUUUGGAUAGUCCGUUAUUUUUUUCGCUGAAUCCUUUAUGGUCCGCGAGAAAACUGUUUUAGUCAAACUUUUGCGUUAAAAUGGGCAUUCCGGUCGCCUAAAGUUUCAAACUUUUUGCUUUGUUUUUAAGAUUCGUGUUUUAGGACCAAAAACUAAUCUUUACAAAACAUCUGGCUCUUUAAGUCUCAUUUCUAUGCCAAUGAGAGGAUAAUUUAUUCAGACUAAAAUUAUCUUUCAGUGAAGACUUUCUCUUCAUAAUAUUACCGUCUUUAUUUUUCUCUAAAUCUUGUACGUCCGCUCAAACGACUUUCCUGAUAUUCCACUGAAGUCGAAAGCUCGAAGUUGUGGCUAAAAUUUAUUUCUUCCGUUCUCUCAACUUUCAUCUCAACUACCGCGGAAAAAUGAAAUAAUGUUUCUAUAACAUGGAAUAAAAAAAACCCGAUCAUUUUACCUUUUAAUUGCCUGAGCAUCUUUUUGGUUUGUUAACCUUAAAGAUAUUCCAGCUUUUCACAAUUUAAGCCUUUUUGACAGUUGCAGAUCUACCCCGCACGGCUGACUUCUCUCAUAGCCGAUAUUUGACGUUAGAUAAUAGAAACUCUUUAGGUGUUGUUAACGAAAAACAGCGGUUUUAGCAAGCAAGUGCUUGGUUCAACGAUUGUUUUAAUUAAUGGACUGAACUGACAAAAACGUUCAGGUUUUGUAUACGGUGAAAAAUACUGGUGGAAGGAAAUUAAAAUUGGCACAAAAUUCUUGUUGAAAAAUCAUUUAUUCGACGUCAAUCAUCUCGGUUAGCUGUGACGUCAUCAGACUAAAAGACCAUUCUCUUCGCCGAGCCGCUUGCUUGCAAAGUCGCUGUUUGAUAAUGUUUACACUCGUUCAUGGACUAACAACUGUUCCUUUGGCUGAGACCUUUGCCCGUCUUUCAUCUUUUAGUCUGUAAGCCUACUUUCAGACGCCUUGGCAAUCCACACAGCCAUGGCUGUGGCGAUUACAAACGGUGGUGGAACUCAGCGGCCUCCAAGACCACAGCGUUGUAGUUCAGGCGGUGGACCGAAAUUUAAACUCAUUCACGAAGGCGAUAUCCAAGUUUGUCGAUUGAACCAUAGCCGAACUUUAAUCAGCAAAGUGUUGAGUUCUAAAUUUUUGAGGAGAUGGGAAGCACACCAUGUUUAUUUGGGAGAUUUUCAGAUGUAUUCGGCAACGGUAAGUGAGGAAGUCAUAAUAGCUAGCUAGUUUGUGUACGUCGAAUCGUCAAUUUGCCGCUCGCGCGGCUGAUAAUCGGGCGUCCGCCAUUUUCUUAUCUUAAUCUAGACUUGAAUUUAUUAAAAGUAUGGUUAGAGGCGCUGGCUAUGUCGCAAAUUCAACAAACCCAGUAAAAAAAACCUGGAAAGGAAUGCGAGAACUUGAAUUUUACCUCGGGCGAAGUCCUGCCUGGGAAAUCGGAGAGUUAAAUAGAAUUACAAAAGCGGGACGAGAGCUUUUCUAGCCAGCGUCUUUAUUUUAUUAAGCCCUGUGUGUUCUCGAGAAUUUUUAUGUCAUAUAUUUUUUUUGGUCGUAAAUAUUUCGCAAUCCUCUCUGUAAGCGACAUUAAUAUAGAGGAAAUAACGUUCUCUGUUCGUGAGGCCUUUCGUGAUAUGUACAAGCUUUGGUUUUCCUGUUUUAUACUGCUAAAAGUCGCUAUUCCUUUAAGAUUGGUCCGUUCACAUUGCAAGAUCGAAAAUGAGAUUGAAGCUUUCGGACAUUAAAAGAAAUACACAUGUACCUUUUUGUUGCCUUUUUAGAUGUGAGAAUGUUUUUGAUACAAUCCUUUUUAAGGGUUUCUUGAAGCGACAAGGCAAUCACUACUCAACUAAGACAAGUACUUUUACCUCUUUUACGUAAAAUUUUGUUGAGGACGUAAGCUUAAGUUUAGUGGUUAGCCUUUUUCUAUCCGAAUAUUGGAACUUAAGGGUUAAAAGAUGAGAAGAAUAGUUUGAUUCUCAGAUCGCAGUGGUUAAGGGCAAGAUAAUUCCUUUCUGCCAAAAAGCACUGCAGAUCACUUCUGUUUACAUAAUAAAGCGUAUGAUUUUAAACCGUACGGAGAGUAAAGCCCUUAGCUAUGCCAUUCUUGUGUGGAUUAGUCGACUUCUUUUUUAUAUGGAUCUCAGUAUACAUCUACAGUUUUUGAAACAAUAGCACGCUAAAAUUAUAUUACGAUUUUUUAUGUCCGUGUUCAAUAAACCGGGCUGAUGUUUCCUUGUUUUCAUCUGCCAGUAGCCUGGCCUUCAUAUUAUUUCAUUUUGUGUAUAAACUUCAAUAGUACAUGCAAAUCAUUGUUGACCUGGUGUAACUUGCACUCAAAUGAUCAAAUGGUCCCUCCCAAAACAUUUGUUUACCUGCCAUUUUAGUACUAUUUAUAAGGAAACAAUAGAUACAAUGUAUGUUAAUAAAAACAACUAUGUUAUGCACUGCAGAGCAAUGCAUAUCCAUCAGACAUUUUCUUUAGUUACUGAAUACAUGCACAACAUUUGUUCAGCCUGACCUCGAAAAUUCUAGGUUCUUAUAUUCGGGCUUUUACUGUAUUGAAAACAGAAUGUAAAUUUAAGAUAGAAAGAUGCUGCUGCCAUGAAGAUUUCAAGUUGCCGAGUAUAGAAUAUGCAAUUUUAAUUAUUAGUAGGCAGUUGGAUAGGUAGGAAGUUCUUUUAUUUCUAAUUGUUUUGUUUUUGUUUCCUAUGAAAGAAGCCUGCCAGUUUUCAUGCUCAUAUAAUACAGAAGCUAGAGACAAUCCCUGUGACCCUGGCCGUGAGAGAGAAUUAUUAAAAUCCAUCAGUAAAUCCACAUUUUGAUUAAAUUGGAUUUUCUGAUAAAGCACAAGGUCGAUAGCAGGGUUGUGCUUUUUCAUAACUGUUAUUGCCCUUUUUUGGGAAAGGAUUUGACAAGCUGUCUGCAGCUAGUGUGCAUGAUAAUUUUAUGCACUUUGCAAAACCACUUUGGCUGGGCUCUUUUAUUUCCCUCCUCAUCUGCUUUUAAUUCACUUGCUUGUUUGCCUAUUAAACUUGCACUUGAAAUUUUGUUGAAAAUUUAUUGUGUAUUAUUUUAAUUUUUCUGUAAAUCCAUUUGUUUUGUUUGUUUAAAAAGUUGAACUUUUUGUUGAUAUCAAUAAAUAAAACUCAGGACUUGUGUUGAGAUUUUUAGGGCUUUGUUACAGCUUAUAGUAGUCGUACCUCAUUUUACUUUGUGGCACAAAAUUCUUGCGGGAGUUUAUUUUUGCAGAUUGGCAAUUUUUUGUGUUUUGCUGGAACUAAUUUUGUGAAUAAGGACAGAUUGGUUUUUCUUGCUGCUUGGUAAUUAAUUUUUGUGAUUUUCAGAAAGUAGCGAUCCAGCAAGUUGAUAAUAUUUUUUGUUUUUAUUGAGUAUGUGCAACAGAAAUACAUGUAUUUUCAAAUGAUACUACAGUGUGCUUACCCUAUGUAAAAUACCAUUUUUGUUUCUGAAUGAAAGAGACAAGUUAUAAUAUUGAACAGACAUGAUUUCUUAGUAUGGUAUUUUUGUGCAGCAAAUUUAAGUUAGAGAAUAUUUACUCUGGUGUCAAUUUUUAGGAAAGAUGUUUGUAGUAAUUUUUAUGUGUGGGAACUUAUUUUUGUGGAUUGCAGGAAAAAUCACAAAGAUAACCCGCAAAAAUUUUUGUGCCACGCAGUAUUUCACAUGUCUAUUGUUUCAUGCAUUUUUAUGGUCAAGAUCAUGUAGUUUUCCUACUUGUAGGUUUGUUUUGAUCGUUGGUGAAUGCAAUCAUGUAGUUUAGUCAGACACAAACAGCAAAUAGCAUAAUUGUCCAUAAUUAUUGUAGUACUUGUCAUUGAAGUGGAAAGUCAUGCCACAAAUACUGUUAAAUCUCAAAUGUUUGUUUUGGAAAUGUUAUCUACACAUGAUUGGCAUGCUCAGAUACAUUGUGGAUUUUAAGAAGUCCUGGAAGAGUGCUGUAUGUCUUAAAGGUCCUGGAAAAGUACAUUGUAUGCACAGAUGACUCAAUCCUGUGUCAAAUUUGUCGUUUUUGUAAGACACGAAAGUGGGGAAAUUGGAAAGGAAAAUAUAGCAGUUGACAAGAGGAAAUUUUUUCUCUGAACUUUCCUGAUGAUACAGUUGUUCAUUAGCAGUGUUCUGUUUAAUACAGUAAAUUACAGUUGAACCUCUUCAUAACAGUCACCUUGGGGACAGAAGAAAGUGGCCUUUGUAGAGAGGCUUAAACAAGAGUCAAUGGAUUGUCCGCCAAAAAAGGGGCUGUUUUAGGGUGGUGGCCAUUGUGCAGGGGUGGCCAAUACUGGAGGGUCAACUGUAUUAAUGAUUAUUACGUCAAGAGUAGUUAGAGGUCAUGUUAAUGUUCAGGGGCAAGUUCAUAGAUCAUAAAGCAAUUAUUUUGAAAUUGCCUUUGUCUAUGUUUAUUAAGAGAGGACUGAAUUUUGGAUUCAGUUGGUUUGCAAUCAUGAAAUUACAGUCACCUUUGGCUCUUUGUGCCCUUUUUGUAGAGUAUCCUGUAUUCCUUUUGCAAAUUUCUCUUGCCCUUUAAGUCAAUUUGACACCCCCCAUUGGUCGCUUCGUUCCGCAUUGUCAAGGUUACUAAUUCAUUGCACCAGAGGCCUUUGCCCAAAGACAUUUACAUUAUUUUAAAAUGGCAACUAUAUACAGAACAUGUUCAGAACCAACAAAAAUGAAACAGCAAUAGAGAAACUUCAUUUCACAAGGACAUUUUUAUACAGUGGUAUUGCCUUUUUUGUACCUACAUGUAGUCACUAGGAUUUUGUCAGUUUUAUGAAUGUUUGAAUGCAAUUAAUCUGGGCAAAACGUUUUAACUGGAGUCAAAAUGACCCCCUGCACUGAAAGGAGUCAUAUACAUGUAUUUACAUUUGGCACAACAUACACCAAAUUUAGUGUAUUUCUUAACCUGUUUGGCUGACUAUUUUGUGCAUCACUAAAAUGUUAUUUCACAUUUACACAAAAAUCACAAGGUUUGAAAUCUUGUUCUUCAAAUUAACUGAAGCCUUACACACUGUUGUCACUCUUUCCAAGAAAUAAAAAAAAAACUCUUAGAAAAAUUAUUGGACGUCCAAAUCCUCUCAACUGUUUUUUUUUUUUACAUUAUACAUCCAUAAAUUGUAGUUAAUGCUAACUUCCAAUAAUAUUAGCAUUGUUACAUGUACAUCUGGGCUUGUCUAAGGUUAAUCAUAUUUUUGAGCAAAUCAUUUUAAAAGGCAAUUCAGUGGUAGAAAGAAUUGAAACCGUUUGUUUGCAACAAAAGUGUUACUGUACCUCCAACAUUUUAUUGCAAAAACCAUUGUCACUGUUAUUUAAUCAGACUGUGUAAGGAGGAGAUUGUCAGCGGUGGUUCCAUCUGUUGUAAAUAAAUAGGCCUUUUCAACAUUUGGCCUUGUGUCAAUGACAAAAUAGAAUUUCAAAGCUUUGCCAGCUAGCUACUUUAUCUGUUAUUUAUCACAAUUGAUCAAAAAAUGUCAUUAACUUCUUGCAACUCAUAAAAAUAAAAUUUGAAUAAUUGUAUUACCGGUAUUCUGCUGUAGACUUAAUAAUUGCUUUUAAAAUGAAAGAUGGAGACAUAAGUCUGUAUAUCUGUGAAAAUUUGGCAGUUGUAAUCUGUCUUUAUUAGACUUGUUUGACGAUGGUGGAUGACUUUUUAUUUAAUUACUAUACUUUGGCACUUUUUGCCUUUACUUUCAUUAAGAAACCAAAUGUGUAAUGGGCUUGCCUUUGUUUAUGCUUCCUCUUAUCUUCUUUGGGGAUUAUUCACAAGUUUGAAUAUUUUUUUUUUUUAAACACUCCCAUCUCCAAAAGUACACUUCUAUUACAGUGUCUUAUUGAUGCAUUGCUUUAAUUUGUCUCCUGAAACCCCCCCAAAAAAGUUUACUUGAAAUAAAUUAUUUAAAAAUAUUAUGAAUUAGUCCUUCUUGAGUUUAUAACAUAGAAUAUCGGCUAUGUAAUACAUCCAGUAGAAAUAUUGACUAGUAAAGGCCUCAAACUUGAGUGGGCAGCUUUCUGUUGCAGAAACAAUAAAUUAUUCAGUGUUUACUCUGCACCUUUUAAGUGAUAAUUAACAAAUCUACGUGUGGCAUAUUUUUCAGAUAGAUUUUCUGUUACUGGUAUAAAAAUACAUGAGUAAAAAUUAAUGUGUUUGGAGAAACAUGGACGACAGCAGUGAAACUUGAAUGGAAGAUCUCAUAAUAAAUGAUAUUAUUGAGCAAACAUAAGCAGAUAAAAAUGUAUUGAAGCCAAAAGUGACAUCCAGCUAACUACCAGAUAGGCCACUGUUGGACACGUGCUCACAGUGAUCAGCAGUGAUGAGAAAGGAAGUCUCUAUUACAUGUAUUUUAAGGACCACUAUAAUAGUCGAUCCUCACCAAAACAGGAACUAAAUGCUGAAAAAAGUAUACACAACUAUUCUCUCUGACUAGCAAUUUUUUCAUGGGCUUCUGUCCCAAUUCUAGACUUUCACGACCAGCAGGAAAAGUUUGUGACUUCCGCUUCUUGUGUUACUAAAUUGACCCUACAUGGAGCAGCAAAGGCAGCCUUCAUUUGUAAAAAUUAAAUAAUUCUUUGUUUUGACGUGUGUAAAAUACUUUUCGGUCAAUUGGUUGACAGGAUUUUGUGGCCUUACUGGUCAGGAAUGGUCUCUUACCUGCUGAGCUAAAAUUUAGGGAGAACACUAUUCAGUGCCUCUCUAUGUAGUGUCAAAUCCUCCCUUUGGUUUACAAGCAAAUGCAGGGCAUUUUUAGCUUUUUUUUAGCGAUGAGUUUUUGAAAAACAUGAUUUACACAUGGAGCCAAAGACUUAGUAUAGCAUUUGCAUCUAUUUUAUGACAGCAUAAUUUUAUGAUUCCUGCUAAGAUUAUGUUAAAUGGCUCAGUUGAGCUGUAAUGAGUUAUACCAGAAACUCAUAAGGGGUUGAAACGUGUAAUUCUCGUGGCUGCAUGUGGUUCUUGUUAUGUAUGCUGAUAAUUAAUACCUUUGUCCCCCAGUAGAAGUGGCCCUGGUGCUUACCAAGUAAAAAUCCUGGUAAGAACACUACCCAUGAUAGUUUAUAAUGGCUAAUGUUUGUUAAAACCCCCAUCAACUAUUACCAAAUAACAUGAUUGUUUGGCUCCAGCUUUACAGAUUUUUGUUGGUUUGUUUUUUUCUUUAGAGUGUAGGGUUUAUGGAAUGCCCAUUAUCCUACCAAGAAAUACAGGAUGCCUACACAGUCAACAGAUGGGACACAGGACAACACUUUUGUAUUAGAGUUACAAUUCCCGAUGGCUCUGUCUUGCUCAAGGUCAGUGCUGUUUGUACUUUAAGUGCUCAAAUUAUCACCCUCUUUGAAGCAAGUGCCCCUCUAGCCUCCCAGCAGAUGUCCUUUGGGGUUCGUGAAUGCGUGACAAACGAACCCCAAAGGGCGUCUGCGGGGAGGCUAGUGCCCCUCCCCCUUCUAGUUAACACUCCCCUAGUGGGUAAAAAUAUUCAUUACCCUCCCCCCACCCACCCCCAAAAAACCUCCCCUCAAGAAAGAAAAAAUGUCUAUGGCAUCUGCAUGUAUGUCCUUAAAGGUUUCAUACAAAACUAAACAUGACAACUGUGUUGUUCUUUAAUGGACAUUUACUUGAAGAAUGGGAAGUCUAAAGUGUCAAAAGUGUCAUUGAUUGGAAAAGUCAUGCAUACAAGUGUUUUUGUUGUGAAGUCAGCAAAAACUGGGAAGACGCCUUUGAGUAGUCAACUCCCUAUAUCUCGAAAUUUGUGCUAACUUGAAACCAAAGUAAUUAUUGAUUUCCCCUGGAUUUCCUUGAUCAUACAUUUACUGUAAUUUUACACUCGGCAACUCACAAGGUGCAAAGAAAAUCAUUUUUACAGCUUGCCAUUCGGACAAGCUGAAGCUAGCAUUUACUAGCCCAGAUGUCAUUUCAACUAGCCCAAAAACUUCUUGAUUAGCAGAAUUGAUUUCACAGUUCUUCUGUCAUUCGAAUUCCUCAAAAAACAUCACUUGCCUGUCAGGCAAACUAAAAACAGAAUUCACUAGCCCGAUAGCACUUUCUUUGCACGCUGAACUCGAACCCUCCAUAAGUCAAACCUCCCGCUAACUUGAAUUAACUUUUUUUCCCUUCAGAUCAUUUCUAUAAAACUUUACCAUUGAUAACUUGAACCAUGUUUUGAGCAUUUAACAGUCAGGGAAAAAAAAACAGUUUACUGGCAUCCAAAACUUUGAAUUUUGAAUUUUGCAUUGACUUGUUGUAAGAAGCUGAUGGAAGCUGAUGUUGGAAGCUGAUGUUGUUUUUUACAGCAUGUAACGGCUUUACUUCCCGAAAUAGUAAAAUGUAUGGUUAAUUAAGGCUAUGGUUUAUUCUCUUACAGACAUCCUGAUUGAUAAUGUAGCAGUAUAAUUCCAUUUUCUCUUGACAUUUCUACAAUUAAAUGUGUUUUCAACCCCCCUCAGAAGAUGAGAGUUUACAUGUAGGCUUUUGUUUCAUGAGAUGAGAAUCUCAACUCUUGUCUCAUGAGAAGCUAGGUGGUAACUUUUGAGUAGUACUUUAGUUGCAAUAUUGAAGCAAUGUUAUUGAUAUGUUGCAGGCAUCUAAUGCGUAUUUGAGAGAUCAGUGGUUACACUCAUUAAAAUGGAAGGUAUGUUUCCAUAUGCUGUGUAUAUUUGUUUUUUAAUUUUUGAUAUUGCAGUAGAAUUACAAUAUGAGCCAACCUCACCACAAGGGCCAUCUUAGGGACAGGCGGCUGUUAUAUUAUCACAGUGGAUAUUUUAAUCUGGCUAAAUUGUAAUUUAGGCAAGGUUAACCUUGAGACAACACUAGCAUGUCAGCGGUUGAGCCCCAGGCAGGCGGGCUUUUGCGGGAUGGCCACUGGGUCUGCAGGGGCUUACAUGUGAUUGAAUACAGUAUCUCAGCUCUGCUUUGCUUUGCUGAUCUUUGUCGAUCAUUACGAUUCACAACCUGCGAUAUUUGCUGGUUUUUGCUCCCACUCCUCCCACUCCUGAAUAGGUAAGUAUGGGUUGUGGUAAGUAUUCCACUGAACUGUUUCCGUGUGGUGGUGCUGACUGGUUGGUUGCUUGGUUGCCAUGGUUACCUCCAAGGCAAUGCUCCCCUUUUGUACUAUAGGCCCUUCUACCUUUAAGGCACCCACUCCUGAGUUCAUCUUGUGGAAGAGUUUAAUGUAGGUACAAUGUACAUGAAAGGUUGUAAAAAUGGUAUUUGGAGAGAUUAUUUUUACUUUAAAAAAGAACACUUUAUCGCAAGUUAAUGUAGGCAGAAUGCACUGUUGAUGUUGUGGAAAGAUGGCUAUUUUAGAGUGAUUAAAGCUAGGGUUAAUGUAUGUUCUCUCAGUGGCUGCUGUGAGGAGGUGACCAUUAUAGGUUAAUCUUUGCUGACAUCACUGUUUGUAUAAAUGCUUAUGAGCAAAAGAAAUUUAUUAUGUUUUUUUUUUUCUGGAAUUUGCAGGUUAACUUGUUGAGGUACAAAAGGCUUAUAUCAAAAUCCAGUGACCCUGAAGCUCUGACAAGGGAACUCAGAGUAAGAAUUAUCUUGUAUUUAUUGUAUAUGCUGAACACCUGAACUCAGUUGGCAAUCAGAGUUAUAUAAUUCUGUGACUACCUUCACAUCUUGAUACCCUCUGCCUGCAUGGGCAAACGUUUUGUACAUGUACAGUACCGCUCAAAAGUAAGUUGCCAGUCACAUCUCGUUUCCUGCACGAGGACAGUCAUGUUGCGUGCUACGUGUAUGAGCAAUUUGCAAAGAUUCACAGGAGCAAUUUUGACCAAUGAUGAUUGAGGAAAGCCAUCUUGCUGUAGACCUUGAGAUGGUACGUGAAUCGCGUAGCAUGAGAAUCAGUGAUGCAGCAAGUUUUGGCAUUAACAUUUUCAAUGACCCGUCCAGAGAGAAACCAACAAAUUUUGCACCAUUUUAUCUCGAAGACUGAAGAAACGGGCAUUGGAUUUUACGUUAUUUUAAGUAUCCUAAAGGAAAUUUUCCUUGAGCUUGUCAUCAGCAAACUGUUUACAUGGACUUUACAAGAAUCCCAUAGCGCAUGACGCGAUGCGCAUCUCGCGAGAGUGUGGUAACUUACUUUUGAGCAGUACUGUACAUUGUGUAAAUCAUUGAAUCAGUCAGUCAGUCUUUCAACCAGAAUAAAAACUUUAACCUGAAUUAAAUUUUCAUCUCUACAACUUGAGCUACUUGAGCCGAAAAAAAUAACCAUGUGUUUGAAAUGUAUUUAUGUUUUCUCAUGAAUAGGAGCUUGUUCUUUUCUCACUAACAACACCAAUUCAAGAUGAUGUAAUAUUCACGGUUCCUCUGGAAUUGGUUUCUGAUAUCCUUGCACAUGUAAGUUGAUGUGUUCUGUCUUCAGCCAAAAAGCAAUGAUCUUGUCAGAGUCUAUUUAUUGUUGGGUUCCUUAUUUCUUCAGUGUAAAAUGUAAAAGUUGUUAUUGUUUUCAUUUAUCUUGAUUUAAAAUGGUCAAUUGAAUGACCACUCGGGGUCAACUUCUUUGGCAAACUUUACUACUUCCUUUACUCGUGUAAAGCAUGAAAUACACUAAUGCUUUGGUUAGCCAUGUGUGGAUUUAUUGACUUUUAAAGAAAAAUAAUUUACAUUGUGCCUGAUUCUCAUUAUUGUUUACCUUAAUUUCUCAUUGAGUUAUAACUUAUAUAUUGGUGUAUCGUGUUAAAAUGCUCACCUGUAAAAAGCUUUUUGGAUAGGCUGAUGACCUAAACUGAAUGUAAGUUGUCUGUUUUGUAAUUGCAGCACUUUAUUUCAUUUUCUGAUGAAGAACAAGAAAAGCUCAUAGUGGUAAGCUACAUAUGUAUUAUUGACAUAAUAUCAAACACAAGCAAGAGUGUUUCCUCAGGGCUGAGUUUGAAAUGUUUGGGUACCUGGUGAAAUACUUUUCAAUGGUAUAAAAUACCAUCCUAAUGUACAAAAGAAUUAUAGUAAUAAUUAAGAGAAAUUCAAUGUACCGGUUGUCCAAAACAAAAAGUUAUAACUUGUGCGGGUGAGGACAGGGAGGUGUGAGCCCAAGAAAAUAGGGGGCAGGAGUGGUUGGGAGGCAGAAGAGGAAAGUGCAUGGGUGAAGGCUGUAGAAAUAGGGGGAAAUUAUGCAACAGUGCUUCAUAUUUUGUUAUUGAGAAAGGGCUAAAGGGAAAAAGCCAAGAAAAAUAAGGAAGGAGCGGGGAGUGCAAAGUUCAUGUACACUGUACGAGACGUGGGAAGUUUGGACUCCCCUGUAACCUCCUCCCUCCCCUCCCCCACAAUUUUUUGUGUUAUAAGUGUGCUUUGAAAGGUUAUUUUUCUUCUUGGUAGAGUAAAAUGUCUUUCCUUCAGAAGCCUCAAUUUGGCAAAAGAUGACUCUUUCCAUAGCACGCAGUGAUUCACUGUGGCCGAUCAAUUGUUUCGCAUUCUGGUUAUUUGAAAUCUCCCUAACCAAUCUUUUUAGUAUUAUUGUGCUGGCAGAGUAGUGCACUGUAUGCUGUUAGGAUAAUUGUUUGUUUUGAAUACCAUUACUCAUCAUUUGAUAUUGUUCUUGUUGUCUGAAUUUCUUAUUUUGUGGUUCUUCUUUCUUUAUCUUAAGACACUUGCACCUGUUCUGGAGUAUGUUCAACCUUCCCCUGAAGUGUGUGCUUUCUUUGGCAAGGUAACUACACAGUUAUACAUCACUUGUAGCAGUGCAUUACAUUACUUUUAGCAGGGCUGUCACUAAGAUUUCAAGUGUCUGCAGGGUAAAUGCAACAGUAGGCAGGGAAUCAAACAGCUAGGGAUUUCUGUGGGUUCUGUUUUUCUUCUAUUUUCUUAAGAAAGUAGCUGGGGGGAAUCCCCAGCUGUGCCAGCCCUCAAUGACAGCCCUGUUUUGGUAUGGUCAAAUACCUUUUCCUGCAUUUCUCUGAACCAAGGCACCAACUGAUGGCAUGGGCUCACAAAAUACAGCGAUUUUUUUUUUAUAUGAAAUUUUCCCUCUAAACUUCAAACUCAUUUCAUUGUGCAUACUCACUGGAGAUGAAUGAGGCUAAGGUCUAUGAAAAAUAAUUUUGUUGGAAUGAACAGAAUUGUUUUGUUGAUGUAGUGAAGAUAGAUAUUCAAUUCACAUUUUAUUAAUUUUUAUUUACUCUAGCACUGCAAAGGUCAACUUUAUAACAAUGAAGUACUGGAUGUUUUCCUUCCAGCUGUUCACAGAAUCCUUAAGCACAAUAUGGUAAGACUCUUACUUUGACUUUCAUACGGAUAUGCAGCAUACGUUGAACAGCGUUAUUAAUUUUAUUUUGUACUCUUAGACACUAUUUUAAAGGCUGAGAUUUGAGAUGUCCUUUACCAAUGAAGUAGAACUUUUGUCCAAGAAACGUGUCGGAGAACAUGUUUUCUGGGUGAGGUUUAAAGGGAACCUCCACUUCAACAAAAAGAUAACUUUAAAUCACAGGAAAUAAUUGUUACAGUCAAGUCAAUCUAAAAUAUUUUUAAAGAAAGCGUUUGUAUCCGAAAGAAAUAACUUUUAGAUUCGCCUAUUUUUGUUUUCAAAUUUUGCGGGCGUCGCCAUCUUGAAUAAUUGUGACGUGUUAUGGUUGCCCUAUUGUUAUUAAACAAAAGCUCUUUGUGUUAGAAAGUGAAAAUAAGCGAUUUUAAAAUUCACUUUUCCUGAUAUAAACAUUUUUUUUAAGGACAAAUUUUGAACAAACUUGUUUAUCAACAUAAUUUUAUUCGAGUUAAACUUAAUCUGUAGUAAGAGUGGAGGUUCCCUUUAAGUGGUUUCAGAUGUAUAGAGCAACAAGGAGAUUUUUCUACUCCUGUCUUGGUGGUUUGCUAUCACAGUGCUAACCCAGCACUCAAACAUCCAUUAUCCAGAGACAAUGUGAAGCAAACAUUACUCUGUAUGACCAGGCCCUGCUUGGUCAAAAGUUGGAUAGCCUUCCACCACAUUAAUUGGCAACCAUUAGAUAUGUGCAAGGGAAACCAACUGCAUUAUCCACUAGAUAGAGUUUUUCAGAGUGGAUAGCUUUAUCCAUUCUGGUGGCAGGUGGUAGCCCUGGGGACUUAUUUAUACCCUUGGGCAACUAGGAAAUCUUAAUUUUGUGUAAAACUUGUAGUAUUAUUAUUCCGAGGACCCUUUGUUUUAAACAUUUCAGCGUUUAAGGCUCUCUAUUUCCUUCCUUGAAAGUUGAAGGGCUUGUUUUGUAGAAUUUUCUUGCUUUCAUUGUAAUCUAGGUUUUUUGUUUAAUGUAGCUAAUUCAUAGAGGCUGUCUGGUUUUUAUACAUGUACAUCGUGGAUAAUAGAAAAACUACAUUUAGUCCUUUCUUUAUAUACAGGAGCUGUAGCUGUUCAAAAUGUAAAAUUUAUUUAUGUUCCAGUAUAGUUAAACCGCCAUUAAGCAGCCACCCUCGGGGUACCAGCAAGUAGCCACUCAAUGGUGGUUGGCCACUCAAUAGAGGUUCAUCAUAAAUUAGCAUAAUCUUUGAUGGAAACAUCAAUUUACUUUGAAACAAUCUUGCAACAAGAGCAGCAUAACUAGUCCACAGGCAAUUGUCACCUUCUUUCUCGGACUGUAUUUUCCUUCAUCAUGUUUUUAAAAUAAAGCCACACUAAGUGUAGGCAAUGCUUGAUGACCGCUUUAUAGAGGUGACUACGAUAGGGAAACUCUUGUCAGGUUUGCUGCUUAAUUUAGGUUUGAUUUUCCUUUUGAUAACUGGCUGCUUAAUGGAGGUUGGCUGCAUCAUCGGGUUUCAACUGUACACUGUAUGUUAAAACUGUUUUCUUGUGGUAAAAGAGCUAUUUCAUUCUACAGACCAAUCAAUUAAAAAUUAGAGCAACUCUACGCACUAAUUCUACUAGUUGACCAAAUUUAAUAACUCCAAACAUUUGAUGAGUGUUGACUUGCUAUUAGUUUCGAGCUGAGAAUGAAUGCAAGUUAUCACAAGAAAACAAAACUAUCUGCAGGGACUGGCGUGAAUGAGUUGUAAGGGAAAACAAGUUUCUGUCUUGUGGUGUCUUACAUCUCCAUUGGGCCAGGACCUGUCAGUUAGACAAAGUUUAAAACAAUCAACUUAAUGUCUCUUUUCACAGAACACAUAUUGUCUUCCACAGGAUUUUGGUAAAUAUCCCCAUCUCCGAAUGUUUGUUCAGGAUUAUAUUUAUACGUUGUUCUGUAAAGAUGAAGAUGCAGACGUUGUUAGAGAAUUUGUGGAGAGGUUAGUUGGUCUGCCUGUUCUUUCAGGCAUAUAGUUCUUUUGUGGCAAGAGUUUGGUCGGGUGGCCUAUUUAACAGCACACCAGUUGAAGUACACUAACCAUUUUAUGCUAAAAUGUUUGGUCCGGAGGAAGUAAUGGCGAUGGUUUGGUUUUCUUGAGAGUCUUGAUAUUUCUCGUGUGAAAACAUUGCAUCUUGCAGUAAAGAAUCAUUGUAUUCCGUAAAGGCAUCAGUUGCCACAAAGGAGAAGGAUUUUAGUUUGACUAGGGCUCGAUGGUCACUUAUCGGUUAUUGAAAGUCAGAGUUUCAGGACAGAAGUACAAGUGAUGUAGGAAUAAUAGAACUGUACCACUUUUAUAGUUUUAAAACAUUUUUAUUAUAGCUCUCCAAAUAACUAUUAUUGUAGUACUAAUGUACAAUACAUUACAAAUUACAUGUACCUUUGCAUAUUUUUCUUGGAUGGCAAAAGCAGGAUGGCACAACUUUGUUGUGCAUCAAAGGUUAAGUUGUCUAAUAUGACUUUGAGUUUUCCAAAGGUACCUUUAUCAUACAUCAGCAGUAUUAUACCUUUUAUUUGCAAGCAUGUGACUCUUGCAAGCACCCUUAAUAUUAUUACUAGGCUUUGCUGCCUGUUACAGUCUGACAUCUUCUCAUCUUUGUGAUGUGAAUCAUAAGAGAAAAAAGGCAGCUUUUCAACCUGUUUUAGUGCAAAGUGAUACUCAUUAGGGGAAACUCAUUUGCUCAUGUUUUUAUGUUCCAUAGCGUCCACAGUCCUGGAGCUGCAUGUCCACAUCCUCGUGUUCUUCCUAAUCUAGUUGCUGUUGUUCUUUCUGCUGUCUACUCCACAUUUGACCAGAGCGACAAGUUGUACGUUACUGUUUUACUUAUAAUGUGUUGAUCGUUUUGUGCCAACAUUCUCCUUGAACAGAACAUCACUGGCUCUGUUACAUUUUUAUUUUGCCACACAUAAAACUUGAAGGAGUGGUCGGAAGCUUUCAGGGCAGCAAUUUCUGGUCUCAUUUGGCUGUGAAGCCUUCUUUAUGAUUGGCGUAUGGUUACCUUGGAUACCAUCAACCAUGACUACACUAAUUCUUGUCCACCUCAAAAAUCCCAGAAUCAGUGAGGCUUAAAGUCUGUACCCAUCUUCCCUCCAGUUUAUGGAGUGAGGAAUAAGCAUGUUUCCAUCUUAACCAUGUAGAAAAUCUUAUCAACUUCUUCCUGCCUCCCUUCCAUUGGCUGUUUGAAAUCUUUCUCUUGUACAAAUAUCACCUGUCAAAAUCCUUCAAACCCAGUACCAAUUUUUCAGGUCUGUGUAUAAGAGUGUUACAAAAGGCUCAAUAUACACAUAUGGACACCUGUACUUUGAUCAUAUUUUUCAAAAAAGUUCUUUUUUGCUUUAACGGUUAUUACCUUGUCUGAUUUCAGGCUUGUCAAGUAUGAAGAAAUUAACACUAAAUUCCUACUGUGCUUCAUGACAGUGCUGGACACAAUGUAAGGACUUAUGGGACACUGAUUUUAACUAACUAAGGACAUUUUUUUUGACGACUCACGUUUUCUCCUUACCCCGGAAGAUUGACUAAAGUUGCAUUUACCCCUGAAGACUUCCAUAAAAUACGGGUGUUCCCUCUGAAGAACAUGGCUCUACAUCUGAAGAAUUUCCCGGAAUUUAAAGCUACGCCCCAAAAGAAUUCCAUAUUUUUUUACUCUACCCCUAAAGAAAUCCUCAAAUUUUGUAACCUAGUCCUGAAGAAUUCCAUUGAUCCUCAAUCUGUGGGAAAGACCAAACCUUUUCACUUUUAUAAAUUUUUGCUGUGAAAGCCACAUUUGAUUUUGUAACCAUAGCCCUUGUUAUCUUUUCACGUAUGAAGUUAACAUGUUUCUUAAUUUUCAAAUGUGAACAAGUUUUCGUUUAAAAUCUGACCCAGUAUUUCAUUGCUUUCCAUAUAAAAGCAUUUUAUUUAUUGAGGCUUGUGUUGAUGAAAUUUUAGUGCACAAUUUGAAGACUGGAGGCCUAGCCUGUCAACACUUCUCCAGCCAAUUCCAUUCCCAAAGGAGUAAGUAACCUCAAAUUAACCUUCAUAUAACAGUAUUGUAAGAUGCAUGGUUAAUGAUAUAUUAGGUGAGCCCCAUAUCUAAAGAACGUUGGUGAUCUAUCCAUCCAAGAAAUUUUGGUGGUCACAUGGCUGCACAUUAGCCCGUCCACUCGUCUGUCCACACCAGAGGGUAACCAGUGUGAAAUCUCACACGUUCUGGCUUGUGUGAGAACCUGUAACUUGGUAUUGCACAUUCAUGUUGUUGACAAUUGACUGCUGUCGAAACAGGGUAUCUGCUGACCUCAUUUAAAACCUAUCUGUCAUCACCAUCUGCAUAAUUUUGCCACCCAUUGGUACGAUUAGCAUAAUGCUAUUGGCAGUCAACCAAUUAAAGACAAUGACCAGUUCACAUGACUGUAUUGCGAGGCCAAGUGUUGAAUCAUUGAGGUUACAUGUUUUUUGAAGUUAUCUGCUGACAAGUUACUAGUUUUCAACUGAUGACAGGCUCAACUCUAAGUGGAUUUCUUUGCAAUGGUUACAAGUUUAUUGUUUAUAAACUUAUUAGCGGGAGCUUUGCUUUUAAUUUAGCCUUGGCUAAAUCUAUAUAAUUAUUGUUCACAGACUUGGUCAUUUUGUUUACCUAAAUAAUGUGUUUAUUUUGUUCUCUUGCAGAGCUCUCAAGAAUGAGACAUUCGUACUGUAAGUGCAACUUUAGACUAGCUCUUGACUACUUGGGUACCACUAGCAGGCAGCUAUUAUAAUCUAACACUGGAAGGCUUUAUUGUUAAUUAUAUUGAAUUUAGUGGAACCUGUUUUUUGUAGUAAGUACUUAACAAGUUACUAAAAAAAUGAGUAUAAAGGAGAACCUCGAUAAUUCGAACUUGGUUAACUCAAAUUCUCCGCUAACUCAAACUAAAUUUCCUUCACUGAAAUUUACCCCGAUAAUUCGAAUUCCCCGCCAACUGGAACUUUUUUCGUUUCCCUUCAGAAUUCGAGAUUCCGGGGUUCUACUGUCAUAAUAAAUAUAAAUAAAUAAUGAGAGUUUUUGUGCUGGUUGAUAAACAAGAAGUUUAGGUAAGCAAUACAUGUACUUUAAUAACAACUUUUUGAUAGAUUUUAUUCUAUUUUUUUUUUUUCAUUUUUCCAAAUGUUGUCAGAGUUUGGAUUGUGCCACCACAGGGCAAAUUCAUCACAUUUAUAGACGCAAGGAAAUUGAUGUCUCGUGUUUACUCUCUUUACGUGAUCCCCACUAAUUAUUUGUGUUUGUACUGUGAAAUAGAUACAUCAGUGCAGUGAUUAAGGCAUUUGCUGAAGAUCAGCGCUGUGAGGUAACUAAGAACAGUGCUGUGGUUAUUUGAUCAUUUGGUCCAUCUACCAUCACGAGAAAUCACUGCAGAAAAAUAAUGAUGAUGUUAAACUAAAUUACAGUGUGUAAAACAAAACAGACAACUGCCCAGUUUGAAUAAUUUUAAAACUUCAUUGCAUUAAAAAGGAUUAUUUUUAACACAUAAUAGACUGAAGAAACUUUGAUUAUAGAAUUUUUUAUGGCACCGGCUUUCUUACUGAAGUAGUUCUUUUUUUGACGUACUCAUUGUAACUUCACAUGGCUCAGGUGAAGACCAACUUUAAAAGUAUGAACGAUUUCUUUUACAAUAAUUAAAGAUUGGAGGUGAUGAUGAUGAUGAUGGUGAUGAUGAUGAUGAAAACUAAAAACAAUAAUAGUAAUUAUGAUAAUAAGUAAUGGUAACAGGACUGAGUGGAGUCCAAUUCGGUCUGUAAUCAUACAAGUGAUUAACAAAAUAGGACGACCGCGUAGCGGGAGUCCGAUUUGUUUAAUCACGGGUAUGAUUACAGACUGAAUUGGACGACACGAAGUUCUGUUACCAGUUAAUCAUAACUUUAACAAAAUUUGUGAUACAAUAGGCUAUUUUUUAAACCGAAACACAAGAAAUUCGAAAUUUUGUUUUGCUAGCAGUGAAAAAAAAAAACCAUUUAAGCGCGCGCGUGAUGGCGCGUACUGUCCAAUUACUUAGGCAUGACGCGUACUGUCCUAUUAAACUGUCCAAUUAAGGCUGAAAUCAGGGCAGUUGAGAGCCAAUCAGAUUUGACAAUUUUGUUAUAGUUAUGAUUAUGAUAAUAAUAAUAAUAAUAAUAAUAAUAAUAAUAUUAUUAUUAUUAUUAUUAUUAUUAUUAUUAUUAUUAUUGUCUCUAUCAUCACAGUCUUUGCUGGUGUUCUUUUUGUGCAUCUACAGGUUUCAAAGACACCCUUCACAAUACUACCUUGUUUAGUAGAAGUAGCUUUCAUUUGAACUACAGCGAACAACCUAAUGAACAGCCCACAAUAUUUUCAUUAAACUUGCGUUGAUGAAAUCGGUCUAUUCUCUGGUUUUGCAGGUCCAUCAAUCAAUUCUUCCAGUCAGAAAGGGAAAAGAUGGCUGGAUUGACAUCAUUUGCCCAGGAGGAGUUUCCUGUUUUGACGAAGGACAUUUUUUCUCUCAUGUGGUAAGUUGUCUUACUUGUAAAAACAAUGGGAUAUGACUUUGAAAGACUCAAGACUGCUUGCUCUCAGUUUUGCGCUUGAAAUUACGGGCGCUUUCUAUUUAACCCAAAAUUCCGGAAAUUUCGGUUGGUACAUCAAGUGGAACGAACUAUUGCGGAAUGUGGACCAGCUUUGAAGGUGGUCCACUUUGACCAGUCCGGUUGUCUCGGUUGGUCGGACCGAAAUGCCCUGUCCAUUAAUUUGACAAAAUUGUUGUGUCCAGCACCGCUCUUCUGUAUCCUGCUUUCAAGAACAAUAACCAAACGCGCGGUGGCUUAGGUCGGGUCUGUGCAACCGGAAUGUACCGUUCCAUUUGGCACGUGGAAUUUCCGAAAUUUCAAAGCGGGAAUUUUGUUGACUGGAAAGCACCCUUCCUUUCUCUUGUUGCUCUAAAAGGCAAAAGGGAGAAGGAUAAGGUCGAGAUCAGGGAGAGACGCUGGUCUAUUAGCAUUUCUCCAAACAGUCUGCUAGAUGAUUUUAUGCAAGCUUCAGUUGAAGUUAGAGAAUUUUCCAACUUGUGUUUAUAAUGACAACGCUUGUUUAGAAGCAGUGUUGCCUAACCUGAGAAAACAGCCAACAUUUUGCUACGCCACCAACAGUUUCCCGCCAAUGAACGUAUGAGGAACAAGCGCAAAAAACACCAUACUGAUGGUGUGUCACUAUCCUGAUCCGCGCAAUGCUUCUGAUUGGUUGAAAAUCUGCUUUCACCAAUUGAAUUUCUGCGCUUGUUCCUCAAACGUCAUUUCGCGGGGGAAGUAGUGGAGGCAUCGCCUAUUUCCGUUUUGUGAACGGUCGUUGCCCUUUUUAAAGGUCGAUGCCACCUUUGGUAACCACGCUUUCAGUCGUGAUAGAUGUAACAUAAGGGAACUUAAGCAAAGACGUUUUUGAGCGACGCACGUCAACCGGAAGUGGGCUUUUUCUUCGUUAUAAGAGAAAGGACACUUAGUAGUACAAUUGUGGUAGCGUUUAAGUAUGUUAAAAUAAGGCCUCACUUCCGGCUGACGUUCGUCGCCUAAGUUCUUUGCCUAAGUUGCCUUAUAUUCCUUGCAUUAAGUUACAAUAAGGCAAGUAAUACGUCAUCUCUGAUUGAUGUAUCACUUGAGAAAGACAGUUCGCUAGUUUAUGUACUCAAAAUUUUCGGAAUUUUGGUGGGUCGGAGUGGCAGUGUAGUGGUAAGGGAGAGAGAUUAGGAUAAGAAAGGUCCGCGUUCGAGUUCUGGGUUCGACCCAGGGUUGCGAUUUUCUUUCUUUUCGGUAGAAACACUGUCAAUAACAGGUCAAAAAUUUUCCAAGUGUCUUAACAGUGGCAGCGACUGUUUUUGAAAGGGAAAUUUGCAGUGGCGUCAGAGUCGGCAGUUUUCUCGGGCUGAGUGAUGGCUUGAGGUCAAGUCACCCCAAAGUCAUCUCGCCCGAAACCAGAGUCAUGUCACCCGAAAUUUUUAGUCAAGUCGCCCGAAAUUUUAUCAUGCUCAGCAACAUCCUAACAUCUUAAUCGCCCUUUUUCGUUUCAUCAAAUCUUUAAGGCUAAAAGAACGAGAUAUGUUGCACAUUCCUCUCGCUUGUUUCGUGUCUUCAUCGCAUAAAGAACGGGAGAUGAUUCACAUUCAUAUCGCUUGUUUCGUCUCACCAUAGCAUCAUUGCUUAAAGAACGAGACUGAAUUACACCAUUAUCCCGCUUGAAGAACGAGAUAUAUUACAUACACUCUUUAUUAAAAUUUCUGGGGACAUGUCUCUGGUUUCGGGCGAUAUAACUUGGUUGAGAUGACUUUCGGGCGACUUGACCGGUUACCUGCUGGUUUGCUGACUCCUGCAUUUCGUGUACAUAUGAGAGUUUGUCGAGCAUGUUUGUAUUGCUUUUUUUCGUCAGAUGUCCAGACUACUUAAUUGUUGUGGAAGAAGGAAAAAGACUCUUUUGGAUCUAAAAGACUCCAUGCUUGGUCCCUUUAUGCUUUUAGCCUUAAGAGGCGAGAGCAGCUUUAUUCAGGUCAGUGGGUUUGUAGUGUUGGACAGGUCCAAGGCCCUGAUAAGUGGCUGCCUGAAAAUAAUUCUGAUUAGGUUUCCCAGACCUUCUGGAACUGUUGCAGGGACAGGGAAAAAAAAUUCACCGAUAACUGACCGGCGCGUCCCCAGUAACGAUUCCAGAAACAAUCGUAUAACACAGGACUGCAGUUGCCUUCUCGUUUCUUCAGUGAUGAAUUAUCAAUACAGUACAGCUAAAAUGAUAUCACGUAGUUUCCUUUGUUACUUAUCCCAUUUGAAACCUUCGAAAUCAUUCAACCAUAAGCGCCAGUGUUAUGUAUUACCUACCCUAACUUCGAUCAAGAAGUCGGUGCUUUUAUGCAAGUGCUGAUUGACCGGUCUCAUACAAGAACUUAAAAACAAAGAAGUCCAGCCGGUGAUUCACAAGGAGGGUCUGUUCCAGGUGAGCGCGAAUCAACUCAGCACAGUUACUUACAGUCCAGUGUCUUUACAGCUGAAAUAGACUCCAGAAAUAUAUUUUGCUCUACUGGUAGAGUGAAGAUUUUUCAAAGCACUGUCCACUACUGUAAUAACAUAAGUAAAGAGAAAGAGAUAUGUAUCAGUAGCUUCUUCGUGAUAAACUGUGAAAUAAGCAAGCGCGUUUGCUUUUUAUAUUAAAUCGUGUUUUUCUUUUUCUCUCACUCAACCAGACACUGUCAUUUAUGUUAGAAGUUGAAGUCCUUCAAGACGAAAAUGAAAAAUUACAGAUAAUAUCUACACUGGAGAGCACAGAGGAAGGCAAAACUUGUUAUGAGGCUCUGUGUCAGAAGUAAGUUGGUGUCAAACAAUUUCAACAAAAUGAUUUUCGGGGUCAAUAUUGAUGCAUUUUGUUCUGUUAUACGCUAUUUUGAAUUUGCACGUUAUCUUGGGUCUGUUUUGUGUUGAAUUGUACUAUGGGAUUGUUUUGAGGGACGUAGUUUGACCCAGGUUUCUUGCGAGACCUCGUAAUAGCCUAUGCGCCACCGGGUCGAGGUGGUUGUCAAAGUGCAUUGUGGGACUGUUUUGGGAGACGAAUUUGCCGCCAUGUUGAAAAUGCGUCCCCAAAAACAGUCCCACAAUGCACCUUGACAACUAUCUCGACCCGGUCUCCCGCGUAACUCGUUUUCCUUUGUAAGCAUCAAUCUAGUUUCAGAUUACUACAGAGAACAUGGCGUAUUAACAUGACUGUCUAUUUUUCCUCUGUUUUUCAGAAAAGCCAAGUUCAGGCAAAUGGUACGUAUUAUUAGUGGGAAGAUCAAUUUUAAUAUAAACGUUAAGAAUAAAGAGAACGAAACUUAACUACAUCAAACUCAGCAGAAAUAGCUCGCUCUUUUAGAACGAUUAUUAAAUGCCCGUUGUUCCUUAUUUGUAGCAGGAAAAAGGUGGACCAACAGUUCUCACUCUACCUACAAAAUCAACGGUGAGUGGAACACUUAGUGGAAUUUAACAUUGUUUUUGUUUUCGUUUUUUUUUUGUUAAGGGAGUUUCAGGUAAUGGGAAAAUCGCCGAGACGGAAUUCCGUUUGACAGAAAACAGUCUCAUAUGAAAUUAAAUGUCUUUGAGUCUUCUUGACGAGUACGUUUUAAAACGGGAAAUAAGGCAGGUAAAUGACAGACAGGCGCGGUACGGACUAGAACAUUUUUCAGGAUUGGUCACCAUUCUAGUCGCAGUUUUCUUCUUGUUUAUCUAAGAAUCAAACGGCAACGUCCUGACCUUCUUGUCUAAUGUGAACUUAUAGCGUUUUCUAGAAGGAACUUUCCCUUCGACCAAGUUGGGAAAAUUGACGGCUAUUAUGUGCGUCAUAGGUUCACCUAUUCGUCUUUAACCGCGAAGUAAUAUUUUUCUUUACCCAGGACGAUGACCUGGCUCGGCUUCUCAAGUCCGGCUCAUUUGGUAAUCUCCAGAGCCUCAACCUGGCGUUUACGCACGUGACGAGCGCGUGCGCCGAGUAUCUUGUACAACUUCCCGCCCUGCUGCACCUAAAUUUGUGGUCAACGCAGGUACGUAACUCCGAGGGACACACUCGUUAGGGCUAGAUAUGUGCCUUAUUUUAAUUAGCUAGUUCACUUUCAAUUGUACCCAGUCAUGAAUGGGACCGAGGUAUUCAAAGUGUUUCAUUCAAAUAAAAAAUCACGCGAUAAUAAGCAGUUAUUGGAUGAAGCUGAGUAUGAUAUGGAGUUUGAAAUGGAGUGUGAGCUAGAACAAGCCUCACCUUCAUGACAAACGUGGAUGAAAAUUACUCCUAACCUGAAGUUUCAUUCACUCUGUACUGUUUCCAUGCGGAGAAUGAGUUCACGUAGGGGAACGCUUUUUCUUUUCUUUCAGUUUGGCGACAAAGGUCUUCACAUGGUGGCCGAGCAGCUUCAUAAUUUGGAGUCUUUAAACUUGUGCGAGACGCCGGUGACUGAUGAUGGACUGUCAUCCUUGGUAAUCAUGUCCAGUCUCCGUAGUUUAAACCUCAACAGUACCAGGCUCUCUCCAACAACGUACGAAAAACUCAGGGUAAGUUGGUUAUUGUCAGUCAUUGCACACAAAACGUGGAAUGUUUCCCGCGCUUUGUGAUUCCUGUGUUAUGUUUGUACUGUCGCCAGUUACGCGAUUUCCCGCACUUUCUGAGUCCUGUGUUACUAUAUUUUUACGGUCACCAGUUACCCGAUUUCCCACGCUUAAUGAUUCGUGUGUUUUCUAUCGGCGGAAUCUGCAGCAUACACGUGCAGCUGUUGCAUUUCUUCGUUGGAUGUUUACUCCGUUUUACAGCUUAAAUUACAGCGAUUGUGUGUUUGUAUGUUCCCGCGUUUGUUAGCAGCUAAAGCCCGGACGUAACAUUGUUGGAUUUUACAUGUUGCGUCCGUUUGGACACCCUGUUGCAUGUUGUUGCGUGUUGUUAAGAGCUGUUGCGCAAAGUUUGAAACCGGUCAAGCAUUUAGCCACGUGCAAACCAACAGUGUUGGGAGUUGUUGCGUCGGUAUGCACGGAGCUUAAAGAUUUCGCCGCCGUCAAAAAAGAUAAAUUUGCAAAGGCAUAGUAAAGUACUUUAAAGCUAAGGUUGCUACUUUUACUGUUGAAAGUUUAACAUAUUACUAAUAUGCUGUUAAUUUACUUAUCCUUUUGAAAGUUUUGUUGGAUUAGUGUGAUGUGUUUUUAAAUCUUCAAAGGGUGUUAUUGUCGCCCAAGCCUCUGUUUCAAGGCGAGAUUAAGUGCGAAGCCAUUGCCCUGAAAUGAUUUUUUUAUUCUCAUGCAAAUAAAACUCAUUUUCACAAGAAAGGUUUUGUACUAAGCCUCCUUUUGAAAGUGAGAGUUUUUGGAACUCCUAAAUGGCCUAUUCUGAAGUAUUGUUUUUUCCUUGUCACUAAAGAAACUACCAAGACUUCAAGAAAUUGACGUGCGUUACACGGAUGUUUGACUGUGAUUUCUGCCAAGCGUUAUCGCAAGUCCCUUGCUUCAAGAAAUACAUGAGUAAAUGCAUCUGUGACUUCAUCACAAACAAUUUAGAUUACCGCGUUAGUCUUUUGGCCACCAGUCAGUUGGCGCGUUACCUCAACCGUCUCCUAAAGACACCUGGGAGCGAACAGUAAUCAAGAAAUUCAUAUUUAUAACUUCAUACGCGCUUGGAAAUGUGGAAAAUGUUUUACGAUUUAGAUUUAAGUAGAGGAGUGUCUCUUAUGUGACACUUUACUCCCUUUAAAAGUUUGGUAAAUAACUUAAAGGGCUGUACAGAGAUCCAUAUAUCUGAGAAUUUACUCCGAUUUUGUGGUAGAUAAGAACGAAGAAGUUUGUAAGUGUAGGAGCUAACUUCUUGGGGAUUUCAGCACAGGGACACCACUCAGGGACAUUGGGACCACGUGGGACUUGUUUACAGAGGUGUGAUAACUAAGUGCGCUUAAAAGAAGGCACCAUGAACCUCAAAUUGAAUUUUAAAUUUUGUUUCCUUUUAUGUCCGUGAUCCUAUUUUGAAUAUAUGGAUUUCUAUUUCUUUAAAUUUUGGUGAUCCGCCGACCUGUUCUCUGGGGCCUGCAAUUAAUUUUCGUGACUUCUUAAUUCAGCAUCAGAUGAUUAAGGUGGCUCCGUAAUUAAUACAAGAGCGUUUAGCUGUGACAAAUUUUCCGUCAUAACUUUUUCGAUUUUAACGCGAUGGCUGCGAAACUUUGCAAAGAACAACAUAUAUCAUUCGGCAAUAAUACGAAAUAUUCCGAUUUCAUUGAUGGUAAAUAUUUCUUGAGAAAUUAGCGCUUAAAAGGACCCUAAUGUUCGAAGAAAAUCGCGUCUAGUAAAAAAAUUUGCUGAUAUUUUUUACUGAAAUUUCUGGUAUCGGCUUUAAUUGAUAUAAUAAAUAUGCCAGAGGAAUUUCAGAAAAAUCGUUGGAGCAGAAGUCCGUAACUAAAAGUCGCUCAAAAUUCAGCUGUGAAAUUGUUUUGGAAUUUCAAAAAUAAAUUACUAUCAGGAAGAAGGAGACACCAGUUUGAAUUUUCGGGACAAGUAAAUUCAAUGUUUGCUAAUUCUUAAAACAAAAGCCGAUUGCCUAUCGUGCUAUUCUUUAAAAGGUACUUUUCAGUUUUAGAAGCACUAUAAAUUGCUCCAAACCUUGCUCUGAAGUAGAAUGACUUGUUCCUCGACAUUUUUAAAAUAUCCCUUGGCAGUUUUGGUUCAAACUCCUGCUACAUACAUUUUGAUGUAUUGCAAUGCAUCCUCAACGGCUUUUCUUGCUGUACGUUGUUUCCAAUUCAGGAAAAAGGUAUUGGGAUUGUAAGCUACCUUGUAUCGAACCUCAGAUAGAACUGUCCAGCGCCUUUGUUUAUGACCAGAAAAUGAGCACGUGCGGCAGCUCUGCGAGGAAUUCGCACCUCAGCCAGGGGGGACGAAUGAUAAUGAUACCCAUGUCUGUGAACCGAUCUGUAUAAACAUGUAUUGCAGAGCAAAACAUAAUAAUCAAGAAAAAAUACCCAUUCAUUGAAGGAAGGAGUGACAAAAAUUUCAGAGUUGUAAAUUUAUUCACGGGCAGUAUUUUUGCGAUAAUUUUAUUUUGCACUGUGAUGUUAUUCGGUUCACAGGCAUGGUCAUCAUUGUCGUUCGUCCCCCCUGGGUGAGGUGCGAAUUCCUCGCAGAACUGCCGCUCGUGCUCAUUUUGUAGUCAUAAACAAAGGUGCUGGACAGUUCUAUCUGAGCUCUGAUACGAGGUAGCGUCCAAUCUCAAUACUUUUUUCCUGAGUUGGAAGCAACGAACAGCAGUAAAAGUCGUUGAAAAUGAAUUGCAAUACAUCAAAAUGUAUGCAGCAGGAGUUUGAGCCAAAACUGCAAAGGGAUAUUUUAAAAAUGUCGAAGAACAAGUCAUUCUACUUCAGAGCAAGGUUUGGAGCAAUUUAUGGUGCUUCUAAAACUAAAAAGUACCUUUUAAAGAAUAGCACGAUAGGCAAUCGGCUUUUGUUUUAAGAAUUAGCAAACGUUGAAUUUACUUGUCCCGAAAAUUCAAACUGGUUGCUCCUUCUUCCUGAUAGUAAUUUAUUUUUGAAAUUCCAAAACAAUUUCACAGCUGAAUUUUGAGCGACUUUUAGUUACGGACUUCUGCUCCAACGAUUUUUCUGAAAUUCCUCUGGCAUAUUUAUUAUAUCAAUUAAAGCCGAUACCAGAAAUUUCAGUAAAAAAUAUCAGCAAAUUUUUUUACUAGACGCGAUUUUCUUCGAACAGUAGGGUCCUUUUAAGCGCUAAUUUCUCAAGAAAUAUUUACCAUCAAUGAAAUCGGAAUAUUUCGUAUUAUUGCCGAAUGAUAUAUGUUGUUCUUUGCAAAGUUUCGCAGUCAUCGCGUUAAGAACCAAAAAGUUAUGACGGAAAAUUUGUCACAGCAAAAUGCUCUUGUAUUAAUUACGGAGCCACCUUAAAUUAUUUCUUAUUUCAUUAGGAUAUAUGUUGUAUUACCAAGUAAAAGGAAUCAGGGGUUUGCGAUAUAGCAAAAUUGAAUUUAGACGUUUCAGUUUAGAGAAUUAAUAUUAUUUAGUCUUAUUUUCCGGAUCAUCAUUACAUUGUCCAAGAAAAUCCCCCUCCCUUUCCAAGAAUUUUGGGAAGGAAAGCUGUUUGUCGCUCCAAAGGCUCAGUUGAAACGUCCAACGUAAUAACCUGUUUGGCUCCACUCAAAUGAUGACCUUCGAACUUAAUUAGUCGGACUCAAUUCAUUAUCACGAUGUAUACGCAAAAUGAAUUAUAAUGAGUUAUGCAUUAGACUCGGCACAUGAAACGCUCGCACAGUCGAAAUACCCCUCUAGGCCACUCGAACUUAAUUCUCGGAUCGACCCAACUAUGUCGAUCUUUUCAUGUACUCAACUGAAGGAGUUAGGUUUGUUACAUGAAAAGUUAGACGUUGGAACAACUAGGCCUUAGUCAGAUGUUAUUUGUUCUCUGACUGGAUUUCAGUCAGUUUAGGACUGUGCUUGUGCUGAAUUUAAAAUGUCAGCGCUUUGUACUUAUGAUGUUUAAUUAUUCAUUGAAAGCAGUAUGUAUAUAUAAUAUCGUGGCCCUUUAGUCUUUUGCCACGUUAGCAAAACCUUCCUUGCCUCUUCACCUCUCCAUCCUGCAAAUUAGUUUGGUUUCAAAUUAACGUAACGCAACUGCAAUUUUUCGCUUCUGGUUUUUGACUAAAUAGUGGUUAAUGUCUCGAUAGGGAAAAUCGUGGUGACUGUUCCCGUUUCGUUUGAAAGGUUUUAAAAAACCCAAAAAGUGCUUUUAUAUAUUUUGGCUGGUUGAUUGAUGUAAUAUUUGGAAAGCAUCGAAAAUAAAUCGCUGAUUAAGAUUUCAAGACAACCAAGUCCUAGAUAUGAAUACAAACGCAAAUUUCAAUGACAUGAAGGGAAAAAGCAAGUUAUGAUAUUUAGAGUCAGCAUGUGGGGUAUUUUACUCAUAUAUAUUAGUGCAUAUUCGAGUAUCAUAAAAUAAUGAACUACAUGAGGAGGAAAGCUGUUUCUCGUUGUGCUAUAUAAAAUAUAUAUUGUAGCGUUAGAGAGUUUGUAAACAUAUAUAAAGAGCUAUAAUAAUUAAUGCUUAUUGUACAUAGAUUUCUCUUAGCAGAAAAUUAACUCAUGUAUAGAAUGAGGAAAAGUGUAAAGUUCUUUUCUUUAAGUUGUUCUCUUUCCUUUGCUAUAUGUAUGCAUGGAAGAAAAGGCAAAGCAGGUGUCAUGACCUAAAAUUAUUACUGAUGUCUUUGGGCUUCCUGUUUGUUACUGCACAGACAACUCGAAACACAAGAACCACACAAGUUGAUUCUUCUGUUUCGUGUGUUUUACCAAUCAGUUCUGGGCAUGUAGGAGGCAUUCGCCAAAGAAAAUGUAAGGACGUAUACAUGUCGUAGAGUUCAGUUUGGUUAAAAGGUGUUUAUGUCAUUGUCACCAAGUGAGGACUAUCGUGUAUAAGUUGAGCCUGACGACUGAAGUCGUAUUCUACAGAUCGCAAAAGCUGUUGUAUUACUAAGUUACAAUGUUACAAUACUGAAAACUGGAUUAGAAAACGUCUAGAACAAUACUGUUUUAUCAUAUUCUGAAAAAAUAUCAAAAACGCGAUGGCGUACUUUGAGUACAAAACUGGCAGAAGAUUUCACCAGCUGGUCAGGUUUUUAGAUCCCGAGAGCUUUGGGGACAGUUCAGCUAAUAGCUGUAGAAAAUAGAGAUGUAAUAAAAAAAUUAUUCAGUGUCAUUCCAUUUAAAGAGCGGUUUUCAUUGAAGUGUGAUUGUUUCGGCAUUUAAUUCAUUACUGCACUAUGUAAUUGGCUGAAAAAAAUGGCGCCUUUUUCUUAACCAAUCCGAUGUGAAAUCAUGAAUAGCCUACAACUGUUUUCCCGCGCUUUUUGUCGACUGCAUGUUUCUUCUUUGGAGUUUUGAUUGGUUCGUGGCAAUAUAUACCUUUCUUGUGACUGCUAAGAAAAAAAUUGUUUGCGACAAUUCUUAGCACACUUCACUGAAAGUCGCUCUAAUAUUAAAUGUACAGCUUUAGUUUCCUUCGUUUAUUGUGAUCUUUGAGUGAAUAUCUUGAAACGAAGGUCAGUACU